GGUCGACGCAGCUCCGCUUACGGAACUUUACUGGUGUGACACACGGCGGAAGUAAACAAGAAGCGUGGCUCUUUUGAAGAAGCUGAGAUAUCUGGGGACAAUCCAGUUUCCACAGCGCAAUCUUCUUUAAAAUCUGGAACGAACCAACGAUGUCUGUAGCUGAAUCUCUCCGAGAGUUUGUGACCGAGCGGCUCGCUGCUGCUACUGAAGACAUUUUGGGAGUUUUUAACAGAACUGUGGUCCAGUACGAGGAAGAGCUGGACCGUCAACGCAGACUGCUGGAUUUGGUUUGGAAACCUCGCAUUCACUUACACAGAAUCGGUAAGAAAAGACAAGUUUAGAUUGAAUAAUGAAGCAGAAGCUCGGUUUAAAUCAGGGCUGCCUCUCCUCUCGGUUUCCAUGUAUAAAUACUGUGAAUAAAGACGGAGGAACAACCCUGUCUUAGUUCAUCAAUAACUGUACUACCCCGACCCAUUUUGUUUCCCGCGAGCUGUAAUAAUGAUCCGGUAUCAAAACUCAUCAUGUGUACAGAAAUCAGGGGAAAGAAGGGGAAACCUAAGAAUGGCAGACGUGUGUGUUGUUAGGAAAAAAGGUUGUUUACUAUCACCUUACGGGGUACUUUUAAUUUCCCAAGCACGGUAAAGAAGGUAGGAAGGGGUGUUAAGUCUCUGACUUCAAUUCCUUAACUACAUCUCACCUUUUACCUGCGUGGUCGUUGAUGGGAAGAAGAGAAGACGGGGUUCAGAAGAGUUCUCAGUUGAAGCUCUAUUUAUUGAUUGUAAUGAGUCAAGAAUGAACAACAGAGUCUCAGGGUUCAGAAUUAGCUCGCUGUAGCAAACAGGCAUCUUAGAGGUCUGAGCGCUUCAGAACCUCGACUAAGGUUCCCUUGAACCCUUUAUACACGCCUAUCUGGACAAAGAGUUUGCUGAUCUGGGUGUUGUCUUUGUGAGUAGGCUGGUUCCUUAUUCUUCUUCAACUGUCACACUACUGGGUCUGUAUGUCCUCUCUGCCUUCUGGCAUUAGAUUUGUGAUCUCAGACAAAAGUAGAUGCCCAGUGCACAGCACCAUCAGUCCUUUUCACUUUGUGCAGAGGAAGACAGGUUAAGCAGAUUCACCUCACAAAUGAGGACUGAAUCGCUUCUUUUUAUGAAAUCCUCAGUUUCACACAGCUCACACAAAAGGGCUUCAUCAGCUUUCCUGACCAGUCCACGACACUGAUGUUUUAAACAAGACCACAGACACACUGAGUGAAGUUGGUUCUUUCUCUUUUUGCUCUAUCUUACUACUUUUUUCUGCAUAGUAUUAAAACUUAUUUUACAUUGUGUUCUUGUGUCAUUUAUCAUGCUAGAGUCUAUCAGUAAGUAUUGUACCUUAUCCUGCAGAUCUUCCACAACAACAUGACUGUGAGGAGGACGAGGUUGUCUCAGACCUGCAGCCCUGGAACCAGGAGAGGAACUCCAGUCCGGACCAAGAGGACCCAGAGCCUCUACAGAUUAAAGAGGAAGAGGAGGAAUUCUGCACCAGUCAGGACAGAGAGCAGCUUGAACCAAAACAGGAGACUGAACACUUGAUGUUAACUCUAACCUGUCAGGAAAGUGAGAACACUGAAGCAGAAGUAAGGAAGGAAGGCCAGUUCCUUUCUCACAACUCUUGUAAGGCUGCAAACCAAGAUCCAGAGAAAGACAAGCUCACAGAGUCAGAAUCAACUUCAAAAUCAGAACAACACCCCCCAAAAAAAGUUCACAAAAGAAGUCAGAAGACAAAACAGCCUAAGGUUCACUCUGAUCCUCAACAAGGUGAAAAGACUUUUAAAUGUGACACAAAUAGGGAAACAUUUACCAGCAAUUCAAAUUCACAGACAUAUCAAAGUGUUUUCACUGGUAAGAAGAAGCAUAUUUGUGAGAGGUGUGGGAAAAUAUUCAGAGACAAAUGUUCGCUUAAAAAACAUGCAAGAUCACACACAGGUGUGAGACCGUACUCCUGUAAUACAUGUGGGAAGAGCUUCACUUCUAAUUCAGAUUUAAAGAAGCAUAUGCAAAUUCACUCAGAAGAAAAGCUGUUCACCUGUGAAACAUGCAGUAAAUCUUUUAACAGAAAAGAUAACCUGAAACUGCACAUGAGAACACACACAGGUGAGAGACCGUACACCUGUAAUACAUGUGGGAAAAGCUUCGGUCGGAGUUCAACUUUAAAAAUACACAUGCUAAUUCACUCAGCAGAAGAGAUGUUCACUUGCAAAACAUGCAGCAAAAAUUUUAAGUGUUCAUAUAGAAUGAGAAUGCACAUGAGAACACACACAGGUGAGAAACCAUACACUUGUUGCACUUGUGGGAAGAGCUUCAAUUUUAAUUCAGAUUUAAAAAAGCAUAUGCAAAUUCACUCAGGAGAAAAGCUGUUCACCUGUGAAACAUGCAGCAAAUCGUUUUACCGGAAAUUUCAACUACAACGGCACAUGAGAACACACACAGGUGAGAGACCGUACACCUGUAACACAUGUGGGAAGAGCUUCACUUCUAAAGCAGAUUUAAAUAAGCAUAUGCGAAUUCACUCAGGGGAAAAGCUUUUCACCUGCAAGACAUGCAGCAAAUCUUAUAUCCGUGCAGAUAUACUGAGAACGCACAUGAGAACACACACAGGUGAGAGACCGUACACCUGUGGCACUUGUGGGAAAAGCUUCUCUACCAAUUCACAUUUAAAAAAGCACAUCCUUCUUCACUCAAAAGAAAUCCUGUUCACCUGCAAAAGGUGCUGCAAAUCUUUUCACAGGAAGGAUCAACUACAACAGCACAUGAAAACACACACAGGUGAGAGACCGUACUCCUGUAACACAUGUGGGAAGAGGUUCGGUCGGAAUUCAAAUUUAAAAAAGCACAUGCUUAUUCACUCAAGAUAAAAGCUUUUCACCUGUGAAACUUGCAACCAAUCUUUUUACUGGAAAGGUCAAUUAAGACUGCACAUGAGAAUACACACAGGUGAGAGACUGUACAGCUGUAGUACAUGUGGGGAAAAGUUUUGUUGAAAAACACACUUGGAUCGUCGCACCCAAAACCAUAUAGGUAUAAAGCCUGUUGUGCUUAAUGGAAACCAUUCGGCAGGAAGAUUUCUUUAGAUGGUCACAUAAGAACCCACGCAGGUAAAAUGUGGCAGAUCUGUCAGAUACAGCAGGAAAUUCCAUCAAAAAGUGCAACAGAAGCUGGUGACUGAAAUUAGAAGCAAAUGUCAUGGUGUGAAGUCAGAAUACCGUUGGAGUUCAUGUGAACUGGAUUCUCUGUUCUGUGCAAGUUCAACGUUACACAAGAUAUGUUAGAGGGAUGAGGUCUCGGCUCAUAAAAUACCAUCUGUGUGUUCAGUUAUUCUGGCAGUUAAGAUGUAUUUCCCUGUGGCUUUACCUGACUGAAAUACUUGUUCUUUUGAGUCCUUAUGAGCUACUUUGGUUGGUUGUUUUUUCCAGAAUAUUUUUAUAUGUUUAUUUUUUUGAUAACUUCUUUAUAUGAUGAUCUACAACAAAUUUGAUUUAGAUGACUGUAGCUGUGAUACCGAUAAGGGUUGAUCAUGAAAAUAUGGCGACCAAUAAACUUGGACUGUCAAAACAAAAUUCAUAGUAAUGCAUUUGUAUCCUGGUUUCAGAGAAGUGAACCAAAAGAGGACAGAGCUUAAACCAAAAUUGGAUGGUCCUGAUCUUCAGGCCCUCAGACUGCACUGCAUUAAAACAGACUGGACUCUGGAGUGGAAUUCACUGCAUGGGUUCAAAAUCACUUCAAAAACCAUUGACUGUGAAUACAGUUCCUUAAUGUAUCCAUGGAUGGGGUUCAAACUGAACCAUGCAAAGACAAAACCAGAUAGAAACAGGAUCCAGGAACACCAGAGACUUCUCUUGACCUGAGCCCAUUUAAGGUGGACCGAGAGGAAGAGGAAAACUGUCAAGAUCUGGAAUUCUUUUUGCAUAUCAUGGAGCAUUAGUUCAAAAGUGUAGAAGGACUACCUGACUUGCUCUCAGUUCACAGUUCACAGUCCCUGGGUUCCCCGGGAUCUCUGGAUCCCUCUUUGAGUUUCUAUGAAGACUGUUGUUGUCAGACUCUCCUUCUUGCAAGAAUUUAUUUACAAAGAAAGACAAGUACUUGAUUUUGAGUGACUUUUUCUUUGAAGAAACAGAAAAUUUCUAAAACAACCCAAUAAACACCUCUUUUAAACAAGAAUGACUUAUGACAAGGACUGAGGCACAAGCAAUGUUACAUGAGAAGUCUACUUUGUCAUAAACUAAGAAGGUCACAUUAUGAAGACACCAAACAGGCAGGAAAGAUGCUUGCUUUCCAAUAAAAAACGAACAAAGACACUCAAUUUUUCUUGAUGACAUGGUAAUGGUAUGAUUACGAGAGAUCAGGGGGCUAUUAAUGACACUUUUAGAAAUUAUUUUUCAUCUUUGUAUUAAUGGGAAUAUCAGGCCAAACAUCAAGAUUAAAAUUAUUUCUUCAAUAAUUCAAUUUUGCCAAAGUUGAGGAAAGAAAAUUAAGGAAACUUAAGUUUACUUAAUAAUAAUUAUACAUUUUUGCAAAAAAUGUUAACAAAAUGGCUGGAUGAAACUGUUCCGAAUUUCAUUCAUGUGGAUCAAGUUGACUCUUUGUGAGCAGCUUCUAUCUGAUAAUAAUUCUAUUCUGAAAAUAGUUCUGAUUCUGAUUGACAUGCAAAGUCUCUUGCAGACCAUGCAGCUCUCUUCAGCAUUUAGUAGGAGCAAUACCAUUGGACACUUAGGAAGCUUGUGAUCGAACUGAAUGGUCGUACCUAUUUGAGAUGCCCUCCAGAUAUGGUUUUGGUCCAAAAGCUUACAGUGGAUCAGAGCAUUUUAUCAGGAACCUGUUUCAGCUCCUUCCAAUGAUGGCGUUCUACUAGAGAAGACUAUCCUCGAUCCCCUUUACUCUUUAUUAUAGCUGUUGGCAUGUGCUAUCUGACAAGACAAAGAAAAUACAGGCAUGGCUUUACUUUUCAUCCAAUUUAUUUUCUUAACUAAAAGGCUGCUAAAUGACUAAAUAAUUUCUGAAAGUCUUAGUAUAGAGUUGGAGGGUUUGGCCAAAGUCAAUAAAAUGUCAUCCAGAUACAUAUUCAAUUUGAAAUCAUAACCCCCCAAAAAAUUGCAGGCAAGAAAAAAAAAACAUAUUUACUAUUGUGAAUUCGUAUUUACUUAAAUGUCAAACCUCUAUUAAUUACCAUAAAGGGAUACCUUAAAAGAUGAUCUGCUCUGCCUCUGUCCUUACAGGGUAGGGCAGAAGUGCUCAAGAUGGAUGUCCUCCCAUGAUUGAAUUAUUUAGUGUCCUCUAUUCCUUUGUUUAUUCAGAAAUCUUGGUUUGACAAUUUCAACGGAAAGUUCCCCUCUUUAUGGAACAACAAGAUGUUUAGAACUUUUUUGAGAGAUUAACCCUCCCAAGAGACUUUGAACCUGAUUUUUUAUUUGUGUUGUCUUGCAUUUAAUGCCAGGCUUUCAUUUCUUUAAAUUUCCCAAAUAUUUUGAUUAUAAUUAUGACACUGACAAAACAUAUUCAGACUUUUAUUAGCAAACAAAGGAGCAGUCUCAAGUUUAUAUAAGUUGCUGUGUUAUGCCUCCCCAAACCAGAACUCAAAGACAGAGUCACAAUGGGAACUUGAUUCAGGGGUCAAAUGUACUUCUGAAGAGUCGAGAAAACAUUAAGCGUGGCAUAAAAACAACCUCAAAAUCUGUCUGAAGUAGAGUAAUACAGCUGAAAAUUCUUCAUAGAGCAUUAUAGGGAUAAAACCUGAUCUAUGCAUGUGUAGGGCAAUUUGGACCAUUUGAAUGAAUUGAAUACUUACUUAAGUAUGAGCAUGCACUGAUCUCUCCUACUUGUGGUGUUGUUGUUAAUAUAUAACUGCUGUCUGAUUGUGUUUAUUGUUGUAAUACAAAAGUAUUAAAACUUUGAAUUUAAAAAGAAGGAAAAAAAGAAGAACAAAGAAACCGUGGAGGGCCGCACAGUAUGCGAUAUCAAAUGAAAGGAGACAAAGAGGAGGGCGGAACAUUUGCUCGCCGCAGCUCCGCCUACGGAACUUUAUUGGUGUGAUACACGGCGGAAGUAAACGAGAAGCGUGGCUCUUUUGAAGAAGCUGAGAUAUAUUUGAGGACAAUCCAGUUUCCACAGCGCAACCUUCUUAAUAAUCUGCAACGAACCAACGAUGUCUGUAGCAGAAUCUCUCCGAGAGUUUGUGAACGAGCGGCUUGCUGCUGCUACUGAAGACAUUUUGGAAGUUUUUAACAGAACUGUGGUCCAGUACGAGGAAGAGCUGGACCGUCAACGCAGACUGCUGGAUUUGGUUUGGAAACCUCGCAUUCACUUACACAGAAUCGGUAAGAAAAGACAAGUUUAGACUGAAUAAUAAAACAGAAGCUCGGUUUAAAUCAGUGCUGCCUCUCCCUCGGUUUCCAUGUAUAAAUACUGUGAAUAAAGACGGAGGAACAACCCUGUCUUAGUUCAACAAUAACUGUGCUACCCCGACCCAUUUUGUAUCCCGCGAGCUGUAAUCAUGAUCCGGUAUCAAAACUCAUCAUGUGUACAGAAAUCAGGGGAAACCUAACAAUGGCAGACGUGUGUUUGAAAAAAAAUGUGGUUUAUUAUUACUUUACGGGGUACUUUUAAUUUUCCAAGCACAGUAAAGACGGUAGGAAGGGGUGUCUGACUUCAAUUCCUUAACUACAUCUCACCUUUUACUUGCGUGGUCGUUGAUGGGAAGAAGAGAAGACGGGGUUCGGAAGAGUUCUCAAUUGAAGCUCUAUUUAUUGAUUGUAAUGAGUCAAGAAUGAACAACAGAAUCUCAGGGUUCAGAAUUAGCUCGCUGUAGCAAACAGUCAUCUUAGAGGUCUGAGCGCUUCAGAACCUCGACUAAGGUUCCCUUGAACCCUUUAUACACGCCUAUCUGAACAAAGAGUUUGCUGAUCUGGGUGUUGUCUUUGCGAAUAGGCUGGUUCCUUAUUCUUCUUUAACUGUCACACUACUGGGUCUGUAUGUCCUCUCUGCCUUCUGGCUUUAGUUUUAUGAUCUCAGACAAAAGUAGAUGCCCAGUGCACAGCACCAUCAGUCCUUUUCACUUUGUGCAGAGGAAGACAGGUUAAGCAGAUUCACCUCACAAAUGAGGACUGAAUCGCUUCUUUUUAUGAAAUCCUCAGUUUCACACAGCUCACACAAAAGGGCUUCAUCAGCUUUCCUGACCAGUCCACGACACUGAUGUUUUAAACAAGACCACAGACACACUGAGUGAAGUUGGUUCUUUCUCUUUUUGCUCUAUCUUACUACUUUUUUUCUGCAUAGUAUUAAAACUUAUUUUACAUUGUGUUUUUAUGUCAUUUAUCAUGUUAGAGUCUAUCAGUAAGUAUUGUACCUUGUCCUGCAGAUCUUCCACAACAACAUGACUGUGAGGAGGACGAGGUUGUCUCAGACCUGCAGCCCUGUAACCAGGAGAGGAACUCCAGUCCGGACCAAGAAGACCCAGAGCCUCUACAGAUUAAAGAUGAAGAGGAGGAAUUCUGCACCGGUCAGGACAGAGAGCAGCUUGAACCAAAACAGGAGACUGAACACUUGAUGUUAACUCUAACCUGUCAGGAAAGUGAGAACACUGAAGCAGAAGUAAGGAAGGACGACCAGUUCCAUUCUCAAAACUCUCAUGAGGCUGCAAACCAAGAUCCAGAGAAAGACAAGCACACAGAGUCAGAAUCAACUUCAAAAUCAGAACAACAACCCCCAAAAAAAGUUCAGAAAAGAAGUCAGAAGACAAAACAGCCGAAGGUUCACUCUGAUCCUCAACAAGGUGAAAAGACUUUUAAAUGUGACACAAAUAGGGAAACAUUUACCAGCAAUUCAAAUUCACAGGCACAUGUUAGUGUUUUCACUGGUAAGAAGAAGCAUACUUGUGAGAGGUGUGGGAAAAUAUUCAGAGACAAACGUUUGCUUAAAAAACAUGCAAGAUCACACACAGGUGUGAGACCGUACUCAUGUGGCAGUUGUGGAAAGAGCUUCAUUUUUAAUUCAGAUUUAAAAAAGCAUAUGCAAAUUCACUCAGAAGAAAAGCUGUUCACCUGUGAAACAUGCAGUAAAUCUUUUAACAGAAAAGAAUACCUUAAACUGCACAUUAGAACACACACAGGUGAGAGACCAUACACCUGUAACACAUGUGGGAAGAGCUUCACUUCUAAACAAGAUUUAAAUAAGCAUAUGCGAAUUCACUCAGGAGAAAAGCAUUUCACCUGCAAGACAUGCAGCAAAUCUUAUAUCCGUGCAGAUAUACUGAGAAUGCACAUGAGAACACACACAGGUGAGAGACCGUACACCUGUGGCACUUGUGGGAAAAGCUUCUCUACCAGUUCAUAUUUAAAAAAGCACAUCCUUCUUCACUCAAAAGAAAACCUGUUUACCUGCAAAAGGUGCUGCAAUUCUUUUAACAGGAAGGAUCAACUACAACAGCACAUGAAAACACACACAGGCGAGAGACCGUACUCCUGUAACACAUGUGGGAAGAGGUUCGGUCGGAAUUCAAAUUUAAAAAAGCACAUGCUUAUUCACUCAAGAUAAAAGCUUUUCACCUGUGAAACUUGCAACCAAUCUUUUUACUGGAGAGGUCAAUUAAGACUGCACAUGAGAAUACACACAGGUGAGAGACUGUAAAGCUGUAGUACAUGUGGGGAAAAGUUUUGUUGAAAAACACACUUAGAUCGUCACACCCAAAACCAUAUAGGUAUAAAGCCUGUUGUGCUUAAUGGAAACCAUUCGGCAGGAAGAUUUCUUUAGAUGGUCACAUAAGAACCCACGCAGGUAAAAUGUGGCAGGUCUGUCGGAUGCAGCAGGAAAUUCCAUCAAAAAGUGCAACAGAAGCUGGUGACUGACAUUAGAAGCAAAUGUCAUGGUGUGAAGUCAGAAUAUCGUUUGAGUUCAUGUGAACUGGAUUCUCUAUUCUGUGCAAGGUCAACGUUACACAAGACAUGUUAGAGGGAUGAGGUCUCGGCUCAUAAAAUACCAUCUGUGUGUUCAGUUAUUCUGGCAGUUAAAAUACAUUUCACUGUGGCUUUACCUGACUGAAAUACUUGUUCUUUUGAGUCCUUAUGAGCUACUUUGGUUGGUUGUUUUUUCCAGAAUAUUUUUAUACGUUUAUUUUUUUAAUAACUUCUUUAUAUGAUGAUCUACAACAAAUUUGAUUUAGAUGACUGUAGCUGUGAUACCGAUUAAGGUUGAUCAUGAAAAUAUGGCGACCAAUAAACUUGGACUGUGAAAACAAAAUUCAUAGUAAUGCAUUUGUAUCCUGGUUUAAUAGAAGUGAACCAAGAGAGGACAGAGCUUAAAACCAAAAUUGGAUGGUCCUGAUCUUCAGGCCCUCAGACUGCACUGCAUUAAAACAGACUGGACUCUGGAGUGGAAUUCACUGCAUGGGUUCAAAAUCACUUCAAAAACCAUUGGCUGUAAAUACAGUUCCUUACUGUAUCCAUGGAUGAGGUUGAAACUGAACCAUGCAAAGAGAAAACCAGAUAGAAACAGGACCCAGGAACACCAGAGACUUCUCCUGACUACCUGACUUGCUCUCAGUUCACAGUCCCUGGGUUCCCUGGGAUCUCUGGAUCUCUCUUUGAGUUUCUAUGAAGACUGUUGUUGUCAGACUCUCCUUCUUGCAAGAAUUUAUUCACAAAGAAAGACAAGUACUUGGCUUUGAGUGACUUUUUCUGUGAAGAAACAGAAAAUUUCUAAAACAACCCAAUAAACACCUCUUUUAAACAAGAAUGACUUAUGACAAGGACUGAGGCACAAAAACACCAAAAAGGCAAUAGUUCUGAUUCUGAUUGAUAUGCAAAGUCUCUUGCAGACCAUGCAGCUCUCUUCAGCAUUUAGUAGGAGCAAUACCAUUGGACACAGAGAAAGCUUGUGAUCGAAAUGAAUGGUCGUACCUGUUUGAGAAGCUCUCCAAAUAUGGUUUUGGUCCAGAAGCCUACAGUGGAUCAGAGCACUUUAUCAGGAACCUGUUUCAGCUCCUUCCAAUGAUGGCGUUCUACUAGAGAAGACUGUCCUUGAUCCCCUUUACUCUUUAUUUCAGCCUUAGAACUGUUGGCAUGUGCUAUCUGACAAGACAAAGAAAAUACAGACAUGGCUUUACUUUUCAUCCAAUUUUUUUUGUUAACUAAAAGGCUGCUAAAUGACUAAAUAAUUUCUGAAACUCUUAGUAUAGAGUUGUAGGGUUUGGCCAAAGUCAAUAAAAUGUCAUCCAGAUACAUAUUCAAUUUGAAAUCACAACCCCCCCCAAAAAAAAAUUCCAGGCAAAAUAAAAAUUCUUAUUUACUAUUGUGAUUUCUUAUUUACUUAAAUGUCAAACCUCUAUUAAUUACCAUAAAGGGAUACCUCAAAGGUUAUCUGCUCUGCCUCUGUCCUUACAGGGUAGGGCAGAAGUGCUCAAGAUGGAUGUCCUCCCAAGACUGAAUUUCUUAGUGUCCUCUAUUCCUUUGUUUAUUCAGAAAUCUUGGUUUGACAAUUUCAACGGAAUGUUCCCCUCUUUAUGGAACAACAAGAUGUUUAGAACUUUUUUGAGAGAUUCACCCUCCCAAGAGACUUUGAACCUGAUGUUUAUUUGUGUUGUCUUGCAUUUAAUGCCAGGCUUUCAUUUCUUAAGAUUUCCCAAAGAAUAUUUUGAUUAUAAUUAUGACACUGACAAAAAAUAUUCAGACUUUUAUCAUCAAACAGAGGAGCAGUCUCAAGUUUAUAUAAGUUGCUGUGUCAUGCCUCCCCAAACCAGAACUCAAAGACAGAGUCACAAUGGGAACUUGAUUCAGGGGUCAAAUGUACUUCUGAAGAGUGUGGAAAACAUUAGGCAUGACAUAAAAACAACCUCAAAAUCUGUCUGAAGUAGAGUAAUACAGCUGAAAAUUCUUCAUAGAGCGUUAUAGGGAUAAAACCUGAUCUAUGCAUGUGUAGGGCAAUUUGGACCGUUUGAAUGGAUUGAAUAUUUACUUAAGUAUGAGCAUGCACUGAUCUCUCCUACUUGUGGUGUUGUUGUUAAUAUAUAACUGCUGUCUGGUUGUGUUUAUUGUUGAAAUACAAAAUUAUUAAAACUUUGAAUUUAAAAAGAAGGAAAAAAAGAAGAAGAAAGAAACCGUAGAGGGCCGCACAGUAUGCGAUACCGACUGUAGGAGACAAAGAGGAGGGCGGAACAUUCGGUCGCCGCAGCUCCGUCUACGGAACUUUAUUGGUGUAACACAUGAAGGAAGUAAACGAGAAGAGGGCUCUUUUAAAGAAGCUGAGAUAUCUGAGGACAAUCCAGUUUUUACAGCGCAACCUUCUUAACAAUCUGCAACAAACCAACGAUGUCUGGAGCUGAAUCUCUCCGAGAGUUUGUGACCGAGCGGCUCGCUGCUGCUACUGAAGACAUUUUGGGAGUUUUUAACCGAACUGUGGUCCAGUACGAGGAAGAGCUGGACCGUCAACGCAGACUGCUGGAUUUGGUUUGGAAACCUCGCAUUCACUUACACAGAAUCGGUAAGAAAAGACAAGUUUAGAUUGAAUAAUGAAGCAGAAGCUCGGUUUAAAUCAAGGCUGCCUCUCAUCUCGGUUUCCAUGUAUAAACUGUGAAUAAAGACGGAGGAACAACCCUGUCUUAGUUCAUCAAUAACUGUACUACCCCGACCCAUUUUGUUUCCCGCGAGCUGUAAUAAUGAUCCGGUAUCAAAACUCAUCAUGUGUACAGAAAUCAGGGGAAAGAAGGGGAAACCUAAGAAUGGCAGACAUGUGUGUUGUUAGGAAAAAAGGUGGUUUACUAUCACCUUACGGGGUAUUUUUAAUUUCCCAAGCACGGUAAAGAAGGUAGGAAGGGGUGUUAAGUCUCUGACUUCAAUUCCUUAACUACCUCUCACCUUUUACCUGCGUGGUCGUUGAUGGGAAGAAGAGAAGACGGGGUUCAGAAGAGUUCUCAGUUGAAGCUCUAUUUAUUGAUUGUAAUGAGUCAAGAAUGAACAACAGAGUCUCAGGGUUCAGAAUUAGCUCGCUGUAGCAAACAGGCAUCUUAGAGGUCUGAGCGCUUCAGAACCUCGACUAAGAUUCCCUUUAACCCUUUAUACACGCCUAUCUGGACAAAGAGUUUGCUGAUCUGGGUGUUGUCUUUGUGAGUAGGCUGGUUCCUUAUUCUUCUUCAACUGUCACACUACUGGGUCUGUAUGUCCUCUCAGCCUUCUGACUUUAGAUUUGUGAUCUCAGACAAAAGUAGAUGCCCAGUGCACAGCACCAUCAGUCCUUUUCACUUUGUGCAGAGGAAGACAGGUUAAGCAGAUUCACCUCACAAAUGAGGACUGAAUCGCUUCUUCUUGGUUUCACACAGCUCACACAAAAGGGCUUCAUCAGCUUUCCUGACCAGUCCACUACACUGAUGUUUUAAACAAGACCACAGACACACUGAGUGAAGUUGGUUCUUUCUCUUUUUGCUCUAUCUUACUACUUUUUUUCUACAUAGUAUUAAAACUUAUUUUACAUUGUGUUUUUAUGUCAUUUAUCAUGCUAGAGUCUAUCAGUAAAUAUUGUACCUUAUCCUGCAGAUCUUCCACAACAACAUGACUGUGACGAGGACGAGGUUGUCUCAGACUUGCAGCCCUGUAACCAGGAGAGGAACUCCAGUCCAGACCAAGAGGACCCAGAGCCUCUACAGAUUAAAGAUGAAGAGGAGGAAUUCUGCACCGGUCAGGACAGAGAGCAGCUUGAACCAAAACAGGAGACCGAACACUUGAUGUUAACUCAAACCUGUCAGGAAAGUGAGAACACUGAAGCAGAAGUAAGGAAGGAAGACCAGUUCCUUUCUCAAAACUCUCAUGAGGCUGCAAACCAAGAUCCAGAGAAAGACAAGCUCACAGAGUCAGAAUCAACUUCAAAAUCAGAACAACACCCCCCAAAAAAAAUUCAGAAAAGAAGUCAGAAGACAAAACAGCCGAAGGUUCACUCUGAUCCUCAACAAGGUGAAAAGACUUUUAAAUGUGACACAAAUACUGAAACAUUAACCAGCAAUUCAAAUUCACAGACAUAUGAAAGUGUUUUCACUGGUAAGAAGAAGCAUAUUUGUGAGUGGUGUGGGAAGAUAUUCAGAGACAAAUAUUCGCUUAAAAAACAUGCAAGAUCACACACAGGUGUGAGACCGUACUCCUGUGGCACUUGUGGAAAGAGCUUCAUUUUUAAUUCAGAUUUAAAAAAGCAUAUGCAAAUUCACUCAGAAGAAAAGCUGUUCACCUGUGACACAUGCAGUAAAUCUUUUAACAGAAAAGAUUACCUUAAACUGCACAUUAGAACACACACAGGUGAGAGACCGUACACCUGUAACACAUGUGGGAAGAGCUUCACUUCUAAACCAGAUUUAAAUAAGCAUAUGCGAAUUCACUCAGGAGAAAAGCUUUUCACCUGCAAGACAUGCAGCAAAUCUUUUAUCCGUACAGAUCAACUGAGAAUGCACAUGAGAACACACACAGGUGAGAGACCGUACUCCUGUAGCACUUGUGGGAAAAGCUUCUCUACCAAUUCAUAUUUAAAGAAGCACAUCCUUCUUCACUCAAAAGAAAACCUGUUCACCUGCAAAAGGUGCUGCAAAUCUUUUCACAGGAAGGAUCAACUAAAACGGCACAUGAAAACACACACAGGUGAGAGACCGUACUCCUGUAACACAUGUGGGAAGAGGUUCGGUUGGAAUUCAAAUUUAAAAACGCACAUGCGUAUUCACUCAAGAUAAAGCUUUUUACCUGCAAAUUUUAUCUGUUGUAAUAACUUCUUUAUAUCAUGAUCUACAACAAAUUUGAUUUAGAUGACUGUAGCUGUGAUGCCGAUGGUCCUGAUCUUCAGGCCUUCAGACUGCACUGCAUUAAAACAGACUGGACUCUGGAGUGGAAUUCACUGCAUGGGUUCAAAAUCACUUCCAAAACCAUUGGCUGUGAAUACAGUUCCUUACUGUAUCCAUGGAUGAGGUUCAAACUGAACCAUGCAAAGAGAAAACCAGAUAGAAACAGGACCCAGGAACACCAGAGACUUCUCCUGACUACCUGACUUGCUCUCAGUUCACAGUCCUUGGGUUCCCCGGGAUCUCUGGAUCUCUCUUUGAGUUUCUAUGAAGACUGUUGUUGUCAGACUCUCCUUCUUGCAAGAAUUUAUUCACAAAGAAAGACAAGUACUUGGCUUUGAGUGACUUUUUCUGUGAAGAAACAGAAAAUUUCUAAAACAACCCAAUAAACACCUCUUUUAAACAAGAAUGACUUAUGACAAGGACUGAGGCACAAAAACACCAAAAAGGCAAUAGUUCUGAUUCUGAUUGAUAUGCAAAGUCUCUUGCAGACCAUGCAGCUCUCUUCAGCAUUUAGUAGGAGCAAUACCAUUGGACACAGAGAAAGCUUGUGAUCGAACUGAAUGGUCGUACCUGUUUGAGAUGCUCUCCAAAUAUGGUUUUGGUCCAAAAGCUUACAGUGGAUCAGAGCACUUUAUCAGGAACCUGUUUCAGCUCCUUCGAAUGAUGGCGUUCUACUUGAGAAGACUGUCCUUGAUCCCCUUUACUCUUUAUUUCAGCCUUAGAACUGUUGGCAUGUGCUAUCUGACAAGACAAAGAAAAUACAGACAUGGCUUUACUUUUCAUCCAAUUUAUUUUGUUAACCAAAAGGCUGCUAAAUGACUAAAUAAUUUCUGAAACUCUUAGUAUAGAGUUGGAGGGUUUGGCCAAAGUACAUAAAAUGUCAUCCAGAUACAUAUUCAAUUUGAAAUCAUAACCCCCCAAAAAAUUGCAGGCAAGAAAAAAAAAACAUAUUUACUAUUGUGAAUUCGUAUUUACUUAAAUGUCAAACCUCUAUUAAUUACCAUAAAGGGAUACCUCAAAGGUUAUCUGCUCUGCCUCUGUCCUUACAGGGUAGGGCAGAAGUGCUCAAGGUGGAUGUCCUCCCAUGAUUGAAUUAUUUAGUGUCCUCUAUUCCUUUGUUUAUUCAGAAAUCUUGGUUUGACAAUUUCAACGGAAUGUUCCCCUCUUUAUGGAACAACAAGAUGUUUAGAAUAUUUUGGAGAAAUUAACCCUCCCAAGAGACUUUAAACCUGAUGUUUAUUUGUGUUGUCUUGCAUUUAAUGCCAGGCUUUCAUUUCUUUAAAUUUCCCAAAUAUUUUGAUUAUAAUUGUGACACUGACAAGUGCUAAAGAUCAAUGUGCUCCCAAGAUUGAAUUUCUUAGUGUCCUCUAUUCCCAGGGCUCACAAAUUGUGUCAUGUAUCUGCCCCUUCCUUUCCAUACUUUACCAGGGAGGAUCCAAGACAGUUCGCCCUGCUUAAGAUGGCCCUUACAAACCUCUUGCCCAGUGAUGAAAGUGAGCAGUUCAAAUAUCACAUCUUAUUAGAUCACUUGAAGCUGGACACUGCCUGUCGCCUUGCUCUGGCCUAUGCUCAUCAUCCUCUUCCUUACACUAGAGCUAUGUCCGCACUGCAGCAAAGGUAUGGACAGCCACAGCAGCUUGUUCUGAGGGAAAUGACAGAUAUCUUAAAUCUCCCUCCUGUGCGUCCUGGUGACUCCAGCAACUUUGCUAUACGGGUCAGAGCCCUUGUGGGGAUGCUGCAUUCUUUCGAGAAAGGUGAGGGAGAUGCAGAAUUGGCUUGUGCAUCUCAUGUACAGCAGCUACUAGGUAAACUGCUUUCUAAGCAAGUGGCCAACUAAGUAAGUCAUCUUCAUAAAGACAUCCAGGAUCUUGCCACUGAGUCUACUACACGUCGUAGUCAGACCUGUCCUUUUUUUGGUCCCGAUCACCAUUUAAGUGUCUGCUCAGAUUUCCGUCAGCUCCCGAAAGAUGCAGCAAGGAAGUGGAUUCAGGACAAGGGACGCUGCUGGAGAUGUGCACGUUUUUGUGGAAGUUUUUCUUCCCGUUGCUGCUGGUGAAGAAUGAAAUAGAGACUUCUGCUGGCCAACAAGGUUUUAUUUUCUUUGCAAAGAAAAGGUGAAUCUGCAUCCGAGCGGUCAGAAUCCAGAAAGACCUAGAACGUGGGGAGACCUGAACAUUUAUGCUUGAGGACCGCCCCUCAGAAGGCAAGGAAUGGGGCUUUGAUGUUGGCAUCUUUUGUUUUCUGUGGGGAGCGUCACUGCAUUGGCUCCCUGUCCAUUUCAGGAUUGAUUUUAAGGUUCUUUUAUUAGUUUUUAGAUGUAUUAAUGGUCUUGGCCCCUCCUAUUUAUCUGACUUACUUUUCUCAUAUCAACCCUCGCUGACCCUGAGGUCCUCCGGCACAGGCCUUUUAACCUUACCCAAAGUCAAAACAAAAAACACAACUAAUUGCCAUUUUAUAUUUUUCUCUUAUUGCACGUUGUGUGUGUGUGGGUGAGUGAAGGUGGGUGUGUGUCUUUGUGUGCGUGUGGGUUCAUGGGUGUGUGUGUGGAUGAGAGUGUUGAGUUUGAUUUGAAUUUGAAUCAUCUGUGCUAAGUAACUUGUACAGAUACAACAUACCAUAUGUGUUUUCACUGACUCAAACUCAAUCACGUUGCUGUCACAGCACCAUUAGGUUGUUACCUUACGUUUACGGAUUAUAGUUUAAUGUGCUUAUCUGGUACUGGCCCUGACUCAGUACAUGCUAUCAUAACAGACAGCCAUCUCAACACCAGUGUCUAAUCAGAACUGAAAACAAUCAGUCUGGUGUUGUGUCAGUCUUCUCACCUCCACCCGGGAUGCGUCUUUUAUCCCCCCCGCAAAGUUGCAUAAUCGCAUCACACUUGAUGUGUAUAGUCAGGCGUGUCAAAAUUCACUUCAGAAUAUUUUGUAAUUCCACGCCUUAUAUUUGCGUCAUUCCCGGUGUGUAAGGACCUUUACCCUGUCCAGGUGCUUCAGAGAUUCAAGCACCGACAUGACCUACCCCUUCAGUCUUUCAGGAAUGUUCAGCCAUUACUCCUCAUCGGUUCAGAUCACCCUCAUCUUGUCUGUCCUACUGAAGGGGUACGUCUUGGUCCAGGGGGUGGCCCAGCAGUCCAUACUCGUCUUAGUUGGGCCUUGCAAGGGCCUUCAAUGCUCCCUGGGGAGUACCAUACAUGUCCAAAAACGACUCCAAAGGUUCAGUCCUAUUUCAUAUCCUGUUCCAUCAGGUCAGGUUGUUGGCUGAAGAUCAACCACUACUCCGUUUCCUAUGGAAAAACAUAGGAAGGGAAGAGCCUGCAGAUGUGUAUAAGUGGCAAGUUUUGCCAUUCGGUACCACAUUCAGUCCCUGUUGUCAGGGUUUUUCCUGGCUCAAAUUGAGGCAGAGGUGGCACCAUCCUGACCAUGCACCAUAACGUGCAUGUAUUUUGUAAAUUUAACUGACUCCCUUUCUUUUACAGGCAACAUACUUUAAGUUAAGAGUUCCAAAAGGAAUGUGACCAUUGUCACGUUAAAGCAUUCAUUUAUUAAAACUAUAUGCAUACACAAAUCAGCUGGCAACUUUAAAUUGAAAGUACACUUCAUCCACACAUCUCGCAACCAGACACAGAACAUUUCAGCCUCCUCUUUUUCAUUCUGUAGAACCUCCUCAUGCACUCCUUGUAGUCCAAGGCCUCCUGGUCUGGUCCAUCAAUGGCCACCUUACAACAGACAUCCAAGUGCCUCUCCUUCAGUCUGUUCCUCAGAGGUGUCUUCACCUUAAACAAAACAAUUCAUCAUGCAUUAAGUAUUUUUGUAUUUAUUCUGAUACAGACAUGAAGUGAUAGUGUUUUCAAUCAUACGUUACAAUUUUGAGUGCAGAGAAGAGCCUCUCCACAUCUGCAGUCUGGACAGGGGCUGUGAGGGCGAUAGCAGCUGCAAGGCUGAGGGUGGGAUACAGCUCAGCAGAUUCUGCAAAUACAAGCCACAGAGGAACCUCCUCCAGGGAUUUGGUCCGAAUAAAGGGGUGAAAACAAAGAUGAAUGAAAUUAUUCAGUAAAACCAGACUAUUGUGGUGGUGAUACAGUUAAUGUAACUUAAUAUAUAGUACCUUCAGAUCAGGACUCCCCACUCUCAGUCUGUAUGAGCUCCACUCAGACAGCAGGUCAGACUCCCUCAGUCUUGGAAACUCCUCAGCCAGUGUUCUCAUCUCAGCAUCCCCAUACUCUGUACUAGAGUUUGACAAAAUUUGUCUGGGAGAGAACACAUUGAAGACAGACAGACUGCCGGUGUUUGGGAAUCUGUUGUUGAUGUUCUCAGUCACUGCAAUCAGGAAUAGCUCCAUCACCUGUAAAAGAUGUUGAAAAAAAGGUAAAACAGUCCUUCCGUCCACAUUACACAAAUACAUUCUUAAUACAUACAGUGUUCUUGAAGCUAUCCCACACACCAUCCUGGAAAUAUGCAGGGACUGCUUCCUGUAUCAGACUGGAGCCAUGCCUGCCAGCGGUCUUUGACCAUGUUGCUCUCUUUCAGCUGUGCCAGCGAUGAUUUCAGCAUUGUGGCCUGAGAUAAAACCCAACAGCUUUGCUAGUAACAGCAUUUCAAUUAACAGAAAACCCAAGGAUUAUGGUAUUGAUCUCAUACCUCCUGCUCCACCUGAGAGAAGAAAAAAGUUUCUCUUUUGAAAGUGGAUCUUUUCAUGCACAAGUUGCAUUAGGCACAGGGCAGGGGGGAAGAACUUGUCCUUUACAGAGGAAUACAGUCCUUGUGCAAUUGGCUCAUUCUGGACUUGGAGUGAACAGGCAGUGAGCAGGCAGAAUUCGACACAUCACAUCUGUUGCUUCCUUAUUAGAUUCUCAUCUGAUAGCAUUUCCACCGUACAUAAAAUUAUUUAGUAAAUAACAAAAAAAGCAAAAUUGGAUCUGAAUAAUAUAGCACUGAAUAUUGCUAACCUGCAGUUUGAUUUGGGGGAGUUUAAAAAUCCUCUCCAUGUCCUUGAGACUGCUGGUCCUAUUACUGGAGGCCUGGUAGAACCAGAAAAUAGUUCCAACAGUCCUGGCAUAUUUAGUGAGAUAAUGAACUGCCCUCUGCCCCUUAAUGCAGUCUGACACUGUCAGAUUGAGACGAUGUUCCACGCAGUGUACGGUUAUCAGGCCAGGGAAUGAGUCUUGGAGUCUCUUCCCAACUCCAGCUUUUCUCCCUUAAAUAAUAAUAAAAAAACAUUAACUCUGUCAAUCUUAUAAAAUGUUAACUAAAAGGUAAAUGCAAAAAAAAAAAGGAAAAUUCACCUAUCAAUACUGCAGCGCCGUCACUUGCAAAGGAGGCUAGCUUGUCGGUUGGCAGCAUUUUGUCAUCUCUGAUGACUCGCAGGAUGCUAUCAUACAGAGUUGCAGCAUCCCCAGCAGACACUCCACCCAAAUGCAGCACCCUGGUUUGGACUACAGUGCUUCCCACAUGGUUGGGUCCUAAAAAGCUAAACAUAAAAAAAAAUCACUCUUAGUUGAAGUAUGGCUGCUUGUGCAUUUGGUGUUGGCACUGACCUGGGGGCAAAACAGGCAGUAAUUAGGUUGGCCUACUUCAUUUUAAAACAAUUAUGUGAAAAACGUUGAAUAUACAAUUAUGUAAAAAUAUAACUUAAGAACUUACAUUCAAACCAUCAAAAUAAGCACAGCCUAAGCGCUUGCAUAAGAGAAUGAUGGGCUCAUAGCUUGUGUGGUGGGGCCACUUUUGCUUGAGACACUCAUAGAUGAUUUUGAAGCAGCCUUCAAGCGCUCUGUGGUCCAUGUCCACAUGUGUUGCAAUAGCACGCUGCAGUGUCCUCCCUAAAAAAAACUACAACUAAUUAUCUAUCUAAACUAUAUUAUUUUAGUUUUUGUAACUUUAUUAGUUGAGUGUUUUUAGGUACUACUAUCUUCAAUAUACUUCUCCUUCUCUUCUGCUGCUUUGUGAAUGGCUGUCACCUCAUGCCUUUUAAUGUGUCCAGUCUGUAGUUGGUUGAUGGCUGUCUCACUAAGGAGGCAGCAAUUGCCUGCUAUGUUGGGGCACAGUGCUUUUGGCAUAAAUAGCAAUGCAUGCCUUCCUCAGUAUGCCUGAGCCAGGUAAAUUAAUUGAGCCACUGCUUGUCAAAGCCACUGGCUCUGUAUUUUUGAGAAGAUCUGGAAAGAGAAAUAAAAACCACUUACAUGUUGGCAUUGCAUUGUUAUGCUCCUAAUUGGAAAAUGAUUUAAUUACCCUUGCCUCGCCGACUCGUCCUGUCAUGCAUUCUGACCCUCACCAUCACCAGUCCCUUAUGAAGUACUUUCAGACCUGACACAAAUUUCCACAUGUUGUCACCACCAUGAAUUAAUAUAUUUUAACUGCCUGUUACGUUUUUUCUCUGCUGUGUUUCACCUGGACUCUUGACUUUCCUCCUCGCGAGGUCCCUUUUACAAGUAGUGGCUGAUUUUGCCUGCCAUAUCUGCAAGAUCGCACCAAUCCAUGGGAAGGGGCAUUGGGUCUGGUGUGGUACUGCUCUUCUGACACCCUGGGGUACAAACAUUGACCUGUUGAGUAUCAAACUCUCACCCUUCGCACUGUGUAUAGGAUCUUGGCCAGUCAAUAUGACCCCCUGGGGUUCAUCAUCCCUUUCACCCUUAUGCCAAGAUCCUCCUUCAGAAAUUGUGGUCCAAAGAGCAUGAAUGGGAUGACCCAUGUCUUCCAGAUGCCUUUGUCAAAGUCUGGACACUAUGGGGAAAAAAGGGCUUCCACAUCUGGAAAAAUCAAACUCCCAAGGUGCUAUGGACUCAGUGAGAUUCAGGAUUCCCCAGUGAUCAGAGAACUUCAUGUAUUUUGUGAUGCCUCAGAGGCAGCUCAUGGUUCUGUUGCAUAUGUGAGAACUGUGGACUCGAAGGGGGAGGUCCAUGUGUCUUUUGUCAUAUCUCGCUCACAAGUAGCUCCAGGACGGCAGAUAACCAUUCCCAGAUUAGAGCUAUGUGGAGCCCAAACUGGAGCCCAAUUAGCAAAAAUGCUGCAAAAGGAGAUAUCUCUUCCAGAAUCCUGCCAGUAUAAAAUCUUUGUGGCUCACUGCAUUACAGAAAUCCUUGAGUGCACAUCUCUUCUGACUGGAGGUAUGUUGACAUAACAAGCAACCCUGCAGAUGAUAUCACUAGGGGAAAAACCCUUGCUGAAUUUGCCAAACCACACAUAUGGAAUGAAGGUCCAUCUUUCCUUUACUUGCCCCCUGAUCAUUGGCCCAUAUCCCCAUCCUCACCUUCAAAUGAGGCAGCGAUCAGAAAGUCUGUGUUUUGUGGGGUAACUUGGGCACUGCCAAGCAAGAUUCCCCCAGACAUCCACCACUUCACUUGCUGGGAAGAUUUGGUGGUUGGCUAGAUGUUGGGUCUAAAACCUGCAACAUUUACCUGAUAACAUAUAAAGAAGAGAAAGACAAUGGUAUAUACUCAAGGAGAAUGGACAGAGAUAGCAUCAGGUACCAUCUCGAAACCACUCUGAAAGGUAUUUCCGCCCAGUCUCUUUAUUUAGGGUUGUCCCUGGUUACACAAUGUUUCUAAAGGGUGGGGGAAAAAUAUGUGCAGCAACGUAAGCACUCUCAUAAAACAUAAUAAUGAACAACUGUGAAUAUGUGAAGAUCAAGGCGAUAUUGUUGCAUCUAACGAGCUCCUUCUGAUAAGAGCGGAUCCUCCUCAAUACUUCCCACGAUUCACAGUGGAGGAUACAUCACACACACCUGCUGAUAAGAGAAACGAGGUCACAGAAUAAUGAAGAAACACUCAUGUGCUGUGUAAUAUAGCUAUUGGAGAGAGAAGUUAGAAAACACUCUUAUAUGAUAAAAAACACUCUUAUAUGUGUGUAACAAGAGGUCAAAACAGUUUAUACCUGUAGUAAACUCUUACAUAAGAAUAUGAGGAAUAAUGAUAACUUCUAUAUACAUUUAUGCACAUUAUUCUAACAAUAGAUUAGCUCAAACUCCUGAAAAAUCAUAUAUUGAAACCCUCCUUUUAUAACACGCUCAACAAGAGAUCUUUCCAGAGGAAUAUGCUCUCCUCCGGGGUAAGAAACAUGUUUCCAAGCAAAGUCCACUGGACAACCUAGCCCCUGAGUUUGAUUAUGUCACCAACCUAAUCAGAGUGGGUGGUCGCCUUCACAAAAGUGAGGACUUGGACUGUGAAAAUAUCCAUCCUAUAGCCCUUGAUCCCAAAAGCUGUUACCAAACUGCUGAUCAAAGAUUAUGACCAAAAGCUUCAACAUCCUGGUCCAAAAAGAGUCUUUGCCAGCCUACGGAAAAAUUACUGGAUCUUCCAUGGGAGGCAAGCAGUUAGGAAACAUCAGCAUGCAUGGAUUGCAAAAAAUGGAAAGCAAAACCCUUGGUCCCCCAAAUGGCUGAUUUACCAUCUGCAUCUAUUCAAGGCCCCCUUCUGGUCCACAGGGAUGGACUGCUUUGGACCCUGUCUUGUCAAAAUUGGACACUGAAAAGAGAAAGGUUGGGGGAUUCUUUUUAAAUGCCUCACUACUUGCUGUAUCCACAUUGAUUUCCUCUCCAACCUAGACACUGACAGUUUCCUGGAGGAGAGAGAGAGAGCUUCAGCAGACCUUUGACCAGAUGAACUCUCAAUGUACAAAGUCCACUUCAUAAGACAUCCCCCAAAUGCCCCACACUUUGGAGGAAUCUGGGAGAGGGAGGUGAGAGCCAUUAAAUCUGCCCUACGUGUUACCUUAUGUAACCAAUUUGUAAUAACCUAAUAAUAGCCAAGAGAACUGUGUUGAUGGAGGUUGAGGAAAUCCUGAACUCUAAACCCCUUGGUUAUGUGUCCUCUGAUCUGGCUGACCCUGAUCCAGUCACUCCAAAUCUUCUCCUCAUGGGUUGGCUGAAAGCAGCUCUUCCUCAGGUCGUCUACGCUCUCUCAGAACUUAUUGGGGCCAGGAAAUGGCAACAGUAAUGGUUGUUGACCCCAGUCUGCCUCGUGCAUCAUAGCCAAUUGGAAAAGUGCAGAAACUCCUCCCAAGCUCUGAUGGCAGAGUCGGGGUUGCAGAAAUUAUAAUUUAAAGGAAAAACCUAUGUGCAACCUGUCAGUCGGCUGGUCACCCAAUCUGAAUUAACAGAUGAUCCAAACCCCUUCCAUGAGCAUUUCCAAAGAGUCAAAUAUAUAUGAACAAUAUUUGAGGGGUAGCUUUGGAUACCUCCCCCUCCUCCUAUCUCUUGGCUCUCCUACCUGGCUCCCUGCAUGGGAGGAGCCAAGGAGUCAUUAAAGGCAGCAAGCUCACCUGCUGCAAACCCUUUCAGAACUCAGGAGACAAUAGAGCUGGCUCACAGAGAAACUCCUCCAGUAGCAUUCACUGUGUGUUUACCCUGUGAGUUUGAUUUGUUUAAAUUGCUGUACAACUCAUUACCUCUGCCAAUGAGGUUAUGUUUUUGAUAGGGUUGGUUUGUUUGUUUGUUUGUUUGUUUGUUUGUUUGUGAACAACUUUACGGAAACGUUACAGACAGAUUGACCUGAAAUUUUCACCAGAGGUGUGUCUCUGCCUCGGGGGGGAUCCCAUUACAAUUUGGUGGUGAUCCAGAUCGCCUUCUGGAUCCAGGAAUUUUUUUAAGGAUUCUUUAUCAUUGUAAGAUAGAGCAAAUUGUGGAAUUUUUGCUUUUAACUCUAAAAAAUGGCCAGAGUCUCUAGUAAAAAAAUUACACAAAAGGAUCUCAAUGAGUUUUAUGAGGUGUCAAAGGUUGAUCCUGAUCCAGACAAAAUUCCGGAUACUGUGAUCCAGAACACACAAAAAUAAGGGUGUUUUUGGAAUUUUCAAUGCUGAAGGAUAACCAAUGGGCGGCACAGUGGUGUAGAUGGGCGGCACAGUGGUGUAGUGGUUAGCACUGUUGCCUCACAGCAAGAAGGUCCUGGGUUUGAAUCCAGGUCAGGGCAUUUCUGUGUGGAGUUUGCAUGUACUCCCUGUGUCUGCGUUGGUUUACUCCGGGUACUCCAGUUUCCUCCCAUAUCCCAAAAACAUGCCUAAGUGGGGUAGGUUAAUUGGCCACUUCCGAAUUGCCCAUAGGUGUGAAUGUGAGUGUGGAUGGUUGUUCGUCUCUAUAUGUCAGCCCUGCGAUGAACUGGCGACUUGUCCAGGUUGUCCCCUGCCUUCGCCCGAAAGAUGCUGGGAUAGGCUCCAGCCCCCCCGCGACCCCGGGAACGGGAAUAAGCGGUAGAAAAUGAAAAUGGAAAGAUAACCAAUGAAGAUACAAGGAAGUGUCUGCUUACAAAUAUUGCAUAAUAAAUCAUGCAUUUAUGUAUCUAAUAUGAGCUUUGCUGUUUUAGGAACAUUAUGAACAGUGGACAUACCAGUUUAAACACAAAUAAAAGUUAACAAAAGACACGUAGCAGUAAAAGUUUUGGUGUGAAUCACAAUAUAAGGGGGGACAUGAGCUGCUUGGCGGAGGUCUGCACUCCCCGAGUGCUUUUCCAGUUUUUUACUCAUUAUCCUGACUAAUAUAUAAUUUUAUGGAUGUUUCUUAGUUUAAAUGUAUUAGACUCAUUUUAGUUACCUUGCUUUUGAUAUUAAUGGAAAUUAUGAUAUUGAUCCUGUUUGUAUUUAAUUUGAUUUACUUUGUUAUCCCUUUCUCACCCUCUCCAGAGAAACCAGCAGAAUGCAUGCUAAAUAAAACUCCUGUAGAGGCUUCAAACUCCUGCCCAUGUGCUUAUUUGUCCUUGCAGACAAACCAUUGUGUCGAAAUCCACCUUAGAUCAGCAUAAUCCUCAACAGUCUAAUAUCAUUCACUAAGAUUAAAAAAAAAAAAAAAAACAGAAGAUGAGAAACCUUCAUCCCCUUAGGGUGGUGAAAGUUGAAGUUUUACAUGUGAAACUGCAGAUGUUUGACCAAUGUAAUGUGUGGAAAUGUAUUGUUGAUUACCCUUGUCCAAUGGAAACCUGUAUGCAAAAUCUUUGAAAGAUACAAUGUUAGAAAGUGUUUAAUAUGGGGAAAUGCCCUGGGUUCCCCAGGAUCCCUGGGACUCUCUUUGACUUUCUAUGAAAACUUUUGUUGUCAGACUCUCCUUCUUGCAAGAAUUUAUUUACAAAGAAAAACAAGAACUUGGCUUUGAGUUACUUUCCCUUUGAAGAAACGAAUAAUUUCUUAAACAACCUAAUAAACACCUCUUUUAAACAAGAAUGACUUAUGACAAGGGCUGAGGCACAAGCAAUGUUACAUGAGAAGUCUGCUUUGUCAUAAACUAAGAAGGUCACAUUAUGAAGACACCAAAAAGGCAGGAAAGAUGCUUGCUUUCCUGUAAAAUAACUUGAUUAAAAACACUCAAUUUUUCUUGCUAGUAAUAGUAUAAUAUAGUAAUGGUAUGAUUACUAGAGAUGAGGGAGCUAUGAAUGACACUUUUAGAAGUUAUUUUUCAUCUUUAUGUUAAUCAGAAUUAGGGCUGCAGCUAUCGAUUAUUUUAGUAAUCGAGUACUCUAUCGAUUAAUCUGUCGAUUUAUCGAGUAAUCGGAUAAAAAAUGUUUUGCUCUUAUAUACAGUCUAUGGUUGAGACGCUUCUUCUUCUUCUUCUAGUUUAACGGCAGUUGGCACUCUUGUGUACGGUGCAUUACCGCCCUCUUCUGGCAAUUCUUAUGCAAAACCCUGUGCACCACCCAUUCCCAUCUCAUUCACUCACACUUUCAUACUCCUACUGACUAAAUCCUAUCAAUCAACCCCAUCACCCUUAAAAACUCGACUAACACUCUCACAUGUGCCCUGUCCCCCAUCUGUAAUACUCCCUUUAGUGUAAGGUCCUGCAUACCCAAUUCCCUCAACUUACUUCUCAUCUCUCCCCUUUCCAUCUCAUAUCUCCUACAACCCAUUAGUACAUGCUCCACUGACUCCUCCACCUGACAUCCCUCACAUAACCCAGUCUGGUGUUUCCCUAUCAUUUUCAGUGUUUUGUUUAAUGCGCAAUGACCCAACCUCAACCUUAUCAAUGCUGACCCUUCCUUUCUCUGUCCACUACCCAACCUCCUAACUUUAACACUCUCUUGAAUCUUAUAAAGAUGCCUUCCUCUCUUCUCACCCUCCCAUUUCUUCUGCCACAUUUGAAUAAGCUUUUCCCAUAUCAUACUCUUAACUUCCGCUUUACUUAACCUAACAUUCAGCUCCACUGAUUCCUUCCCUAACGCCUCCUUAGCCAUCACGUCUGCCUUCUCAUUUCCUUCCACCCCUAUAUGUGCUGGAACCCAUAAAAAACUGAUCUGGCCCCCCUGCUGUACUAUUCUUGUUACUGACUGUAAUAUUUCAUAUAAUAAACCCUGACGGCUGCUUGAAUGGAAUGAUCUAAUGCUAGUUAAAACUGAUGCUGAAUCCGUGCAUAUAACUACCCUCUUUACUCUAACUUUUUCCACCCAUUUCAGUGCAAUCAUCACCCCCAACAUCUCCACUGUGUUUACCGCUAGACCGUCUGAUGUCCUUCUAUUGAUUUCAAUUCCUCUCGAUGGCACCACUACCCCUAAUCCUGUCACCCCCGUCUCAGGUUGUUUUGCUCCAUCCGUGUAUACCUGAACAAAUCCGCUAUAUUCUUCCCUCAGGCGCUGAUUAACUACGCUGACCAAGCUUACCUGUCCUCCCUCUUUCCUUUUCUUUCCCAUUACACUCCAAUCCACUCUUGGCCAUAUCAUUCUCCAUGGUGGCAUUGCUGGAUACACUAUUGUUAGGUCUACCUCCAUCUCCCCCACCCCAAGCUCUGCUGUUAUUCUAUUCCCCAUCCUACCAAAAUGCUCCCUCUUACCUUUCCCCUCCUCCCAACACUCCUCUAUCACUCCUUUUGUGGGGUGGGUACCACUGCUGCCCUUUAAACUAACCCAGUAGUUUGCUAUGAGAUGUUUGCGCCUCAGGCAUAGCGGAAUCUCACCCAACUCCACCUGUACUGCAGGCACUGGUGACGUCCGGAAGGCCCCACUACAGAUCCUUAAUGCACUUGUCUGGAUCGUAUCUAGCUUUCCUAAAAGGGACUUUGCUGCUGAUCCAUAAACUAUACACCCAUAAUCUAUAACUGACCUAAUCAUAGCUACAUAUACUGUUUUUAAUGCAUCACAGCUUGCCCCCCAUUCUCUGCCUGCAAGACACCUCAUCACAUUCAACACUUUCCUGCACUUACCCUCUACCCGCUUGAUAUGAUCUGCCCAGGUUAACCUCUUAUCAAAUACCACCCCCAAAUACUUAAAUGCCUCAACCCUCUCCAGCUGCCUACCAUACAUACUCAAUGACACAUCUACUCCCACCCUCUUCCCGGUAAAAACUAUAGUUUGAGUCUUCUCUACUGAAAACCUACACCCCCAAUCUAAUCCCCACUCUGUCACCCCAUCAAUCGCUGUCUGCACCUUAGUGACUAAAUGUUUGGUGUUCCUCCCUCUCUUCCACAGUGCUCCGUCAUCUGCGAACAGUGAGCUUCCUAUAUCUGCUGGUACCUCUGAAAAAACAUCAUUAAUCAUGAUAAGAAACAAUAGUGGGCUAACUACGCUCCCCUGGGGAGUGCCGUUCCUUACUUCAUAUUUACUAGAUAUCUCUGACCCUAUUCUAACUUGAAUCUUCCUAUCAUUCAAAAAGUCCUUUACCCAAUUAAAAACUCUGCCCCCAAUCCCCAUCCCCUGCAACUUAAUCAGUAAUCCUUCCUUCCACAUCAUGUCAUAUGCCUUCUCUAUAUCAAAAAACACUACCACUACAGAUUCCUUAUUUGCCUGCGCCUUCCUCACCUCACUUUCUAGUCUCACCACUGCGUCCAUUGUGUUCCUACCUUUUCUAAAUCCGCUUUGGCAUCUCGCCAGCGUACCUCUCUUUUCAAGCACAUAUGUCAAUCUCUCUGUUACCAUUCUUUCCAUAAUUUUACAAAUGUUCGAAGUCAAAGCUAUUGGCCUGUAGCUAGAAGGAGAGCAUGGGUCCUUACCUGGCUUCCUGAUCGGUACUACCUCUGCUUCCUUCCAUACACUCGGUAUCCUUCCCUCCUCCCAUACCUUAUUAUACAAUUCUAACAUCCUGUUCAUCCCCUUUUCCCCUAAAUUUUUCAGCAUUACAUAGCUUACCUGAUCUCCCCCUGGAGCUGUAGGCUUUGCCUUCCCAACCGCUCUCACAAGCUCUGCCAUAGUAAAUCUGGUGUCUAUCUCCCCCCCUGAAUCCGUCCUCCUGUCUAGAGCACCUGGAUAUCUACUCUGAGUCAUCUCUCUUCUCCUCUUCCCCUCCAUUGUCAGAUUGUCUACACUAUGCACCUUUGCAAAUGCCCUGGCUAUCAUCUCAGCCUUUUCCUUAUCAUUUACUGCUGUCUCUCCUUCCUCUGUAAUUACAGGAUAUUCCCACUCCCUCCUGUCCCCUCCCAUCUUCCUUAUCAUACCCCAUACUUCUCCUACUGGUGUUGUUCUCCCUAUACCAUUACAAAACUGUCUCCAACUCUCCCUCUUUGUGCGUCAAACUACUCUCCUCACCAAUGCUUGUGCUCUCUGAUAUUCUAACAGACUUGCCAUAGUAUGGUUUUGUUUAAUCUUUCUGAAUGCUUUAUUUCGGGCUUUCACUGCCUUGCUACACUCCUCUGACCACCAUGGAACUAACUUCCUGGUCCUCCCAUUUCUGCUCCUCGGAAUAGCUUGAGUUGCUGCUGUGAUUAUUGCUGUUGUAACACUAUUGUUGACUUCUUCCACAUCCCUGUUUGUAUCAACUACCUCCAGUAGACCCUCACUCACCUCCCUAAAUUUAUUCCACUCUGCUUUACUGUACACCCAUUUCCGGAGCCCCCUACCCGCCCCCACCUCCACUCUUCCCCCUACUGUACACAUGAUUAAAUAAUGAUCACUACCUAGCGACUUUCCUGACAACACUUCCCAUUUACUGACUCCUGCCAAACUUGCUGAUACCAAUGUAAUAUCUAUAGCUGACUCAUUUCCUGUUCUGACAUCUAUUCUAGUCCCUCUCCCAUCAUUUAAACAUACUAAUUCCCUCUCCUCCAUUAGCUCCUCAACUACCCUACCAUCUACAUCUGUGUGUUUCCCACCCCACAAAGUGUUAUGUGCAUUAAAGUCUGCGCACCAGAUAACCUUUCGUCUAUCAACCCCUUUUAUCCUAACUAACCUAUCCAAUAUUAACCUCCCCCCUGGAUUAUAGUAGUUAACUAUAACCACCGCCUCCCCUCCCUCCCACAACUCUACCACUAUAUAUUCCUGCUCUUCCCCACUUUCUAUCAACCUAUGAGAAAUACCCUGCCUAAUAAAUAUUGCGCACCCUCCCCUUGCUUCUUCUUCACUCCUAUCCCUCCUGAUUGUCAUAUACCCACUAACCUUAAAAUCUAAGCUAGGUUUCAAAAAAGUUUCCUGAACACAAACUACGUCUGGCUGUAUCUUCAUCUUCCUUAUAUAGUGUUUCAUCUCCUGUCCAUUAGCCAUCAGGCUCCUAGCAUUCCACUGCAGCACCCGAACCAUGAGCAUGAGGUGACUUUCCUACCUCCUGGCUUCGACUCUGGUUCUUAAUCUCCGCCUCUAUCUCCUCCCACUUUAGUCCUUCCAUCCCCAGAUGAUCAGCUGCUGCCUUCACAAUAUAUUGUAUAUUGGUGGUCUUAGAUGUAGACUUGCUUGUUGAGUUGAUAGCUGCCACAAUAAAUACUAUUAACUGCCUUUUGUCUAUCCCUAUCCUAUCCUGAUCUGACUGCUCUCUCCCCAACCCCCAAGUCCCCUUUCUUCCACCACCCCCUGUCUCCUCUACUCCCUGUGACCUUUCCUCCCUCUGUCUUACCAUCUUUGCUGCCUCUGCAUAACUUAUCUUAUCUAGCACCCUGAUUUUCUGAACUUCUGCCUCCCUCUUCAUAACUGGACAACCCCCAAACGUGACACUAUGUUCCCCCCCACAGCUACAGCAUCUUGGCUUGGUACCCUCCCCACAUUUCCCAUACUCAUGGUCCCCAGUGCACCUCGCACAUCUCCUGUUCUCCUUACAAUAUCUUGCAAUGUGGCCAAAUGACUGACACUUGUAACACCUCAUCGGCUUCGGUAUAAAUGCCCUCACAAAAUAGCUAAUGUACUCUAGGUACACUUUAUCUGGGAUUACCUCUCCUUCAAAUUCUACCAACACUGUCUCAGUUGUCUUCUUUUCUGGACCCCUUGUCAUUCUUUUAACAUUGGCAAUUCCCGUGCCCCUAGCACGUAGCUUCUCCUUCAACUCCUCAUCCCCUACCUCGAUAGGAAUCCCAGUAAUCACUCCCUUACAUCUUCUCCCCUGCACUCCAACCCGCACUACCCUCACCACUCUACUCUCACCCACCUUAGUUAACUUCCUCACCAAGGCUUCCUGGACAUCACUUGAACAUUCCACAAUCAAAUUGCCGUCUCCCAAAACCCUCGCAUACUUCAGCUCUCCGCACUUCCCUGUCAGUUCCCUUGUCAGCUUAAACAGAUUCAUUUUCCCUAUCCCACCUCCCUCAGCAAACCGUAUAACCAACCUAGUUCCUUCCUCCCUGCUCUCUCCCUCAGAACUAAAACUCUCCAUGUCUUCUUCGUUCGAUGAAUUUUGACUGUUCAUUCUUGGUCUCUUUCCUUCUCUCCCCUGUCCCCCAUCCCCUUUCCCUACACUUCCAUCCUCCCUCCCAGCCCUAGACCCCCUCCUACCCCUACCUUUCAUCCCUAUCCGCUAAGGUUAUAGAAAAGAAAGAAAUAAAGAAAGAAAGAAAUAAAGAAAGCAAGGUAACGGGCACCGGUCCGGACCUAUACAGGCCGUCGGUCGAUACCCGUCCCCGGAAACCCUAACGUUAUUUUAAUCUGACCGAUUAUCUAAUUCACCCAGCUACAUCUCAGACGUAACUUUGCUUUAUCCUCCAAAGUACAUUCAUACACUCCAGUCACUUCAAUUCUCGUGCCCACACCGAACCACGAUGACGAUCACUUCCGCCCACCGUUGAGACGCUUGUGGCCUCGUUCCUUUUUAAAUCCUGGCCCCGGCUGCGUCGCUGUCCUCCAGUAACGCCCACAACGCAAUGAAUUGUGGGCAAUUUCAUAGCCAAAGUCCUCAACGGUACGGACUUACGGAAAGGGUGCAGAAAGGGGCGUUCCCGAGCCCUCGCUGACUUACCGAUUUCAUUUGGAACAACCCUCAAGCCCUUACAGAGCUCACAUGAGCGCGCACCUAAGUCAAUGAGUCAGUGAGGGGGUGGUUUGGAAUUGGGCCAAUGUCUAUGAAACGCGCGGCAGCGGAAGGAGCGGAAAGAGCACGCUGCUGCGCAACAGAAAUAACCGUCCGUGUCAAACACCGUGCGCUGCACAUGGUUCCGGAUUUAAACGAUUCCUCGAGGCAUAUAAUUUGCCUCGAGGAAUUUUAUUAAUCGAGUUACUCGAGUUACUCGAGUAAUCGUUUCAGCCCUAAUCAGAAUAUCAAGCCAAACAUCAAGAUUUAAAUAUUUUCUUCAAUAAUCUCAUUUAACAAUUUAAAAAUUUUAAAAUGAAUAUAAAAUCUCAAUUAAACAAGUAAGCACCUGGUUAUUCGGGUUUCACUGCAGUGUUUUAACAUUGUUUUUCAAAAGAAAUCAUGCCUAUGCUUGAUUACUUUUACAAUCAUACUGUGGAGGAACAGAUCAUUGCCAUCAUAUCAUUGCUGCCAAAACUAGGAAAAGAUCACUUAGAUGUAAAAAAAAAAAAAAAAAGCCUAUAGGCUGAUAAGUUUACUUCAAUAAUUAUACAUUUUUGCAAAAAAAGUUAACAAAUUGGCUGGAUGAAACUGUUCCAUUUUAAAUCAAUGUAGAUCAAGUUGGCUCUUCGUGAGCAACUUCUAUCUGAUAAUAAUUUUAUUCUGAAAAUAAUUCUGAUUCUGAUUAAUAUGCGAAGUCUCUUGCACACCAACUCUUGGUAUAGAGUUGGAGGGUUUGGCCAAAGUCAAUAAAAUUUCAUCCAGAUACAUAAUCAAUAUGAAAUCAUAACCCUCCUUAAAAAAAUUCCAGCCGACAGAAAAAUCCUUAUUUAUGGUUGUGAAUUCUUAUCUACUUAAAUGUCAAACCUCUUAAAUACCAAAAAAGAUGGUCUGCUCUGCCUCUGUCCGUACAGGGUAGGGCAGAAGUGCUAAAGAUCAGUGUGUUUCCAAGGUUGAAUGUCCUCUAUUCCUUUAUCUAUUCAGAAAUCUUGGUUUGAUAAUAUCAACGGAAUAUUCUCCUCUUUACGACGGAACACAAGAAGCUGGGAAUAUUUUAGAGAAAUUAACCCUCCCAAGAGACUUUGAACCUGAUGUAUAUUUGUGUUGUCUUGUAUUUAAAACCAGGCUUUCAUUUCUUUAAAUUUCCCAAAGAAUAUUUUGAUUAAAUUUAUGACACUGACAAAAAAAUCAGACUUUUAUCAUCAAACAGAGGAGCAGUCUCAAGUUUAUAUAAGUUGCUGUGUCAUGCCUCCCCAAACCAGAACUCAAAGACAGAGUCACAAUGGGAACUUGAUUCAGGGGUCAAAUGUACUACUGAAGAGUGUGGAAAACAUUAAGCAUGACAUAAAAACAACCUCAAAAUCUCUCUGAAGUAGAGUAAUACAGCUGAAAAUUCUUCAUAGAGCAUUAUAGAGCUGAAAGCUGAUCUAUGCAUGUGUAGGGCAAUUUGGACCAUUUGAGUGAAUUGAAUACUUAAGUAUGAGCAUGCACUGAUCUCUCCUACUUGUGUUGUUGUUAAUAUAUAACUGCUGUCUGGUUGUGUUUAUUGUUGUAAUACAAAAUUAUUAAAACUUUGAAUUUAAAGGGAAAAAAAAGAAACCGUGGAGGGCCGUACAGUCUAUGAUGCCGACUGAAAGGAGACAAAGAGGAGGGCGGAACAUUUGGUUGCCGCAGCUCCGCCUACGGAACUUUAUUGGUGUGACACAUGAAGGAAGUAAACGAGAAGAGGGCUUUUUUAAAGAAGCUGAGACAUCUGAGGACAAUCCAGUUUUCACAGCGCAACCUUCUUUUAAAUCUGCAACGAACCAACGAUGUCUGGAGCAGAAUCUCUCCGAGAGUUUGUGACCGAGCGGCUCGCUGCUGCUACUGAAGACAUUUUGGGAGUUUUUAACAGAACUGUGGUCCAGUACGAGGAAGAGCUGGACCGUCAACGCAGACUGUUGGAUUUGGUUUGGAAACCUCACAUUCACUUACACAGAAUCGGUAAGAAAAGCCAAGUUUAGACUGAAUAAUGAAGCAGACGCUCGGUUUAAAUCAGGGCUGCCUUUCCUCUCGGUUUCCAUGUAUAAACUGUGAAUAAAGACGGAGGAACAGCCCUGUCUUAGUUCAACAAUAACUGUGCUACCCCGACCCAUUUUGUUCCCCGCGAGCUGUAAUAAUGAUCCGGUAUCAAAACUCAUCAUGUGUACAGAAAUCAGGGGAAACCGAAGAAUGUCAGACGUGUGUGUUGUUUGGAAAAAAGGUGGUUUACUAUCACCUUACGGGGUACUUUUAAUUUCCCAAGCACAGUAAAGAAGGUAGGAAGGGGGGUUAAGUCUCUGACUUCAAUUCCUUAACUACCUCUCACCUUUUACCUGCGUGGUCGUUGAUGGGAAGAAGAGAAGACGGGGUUCAGAAGAGUUCUCAGUUGAAGCUCUAUUUAUUGAUUGUAGUGAGUCAUGAAUGAACAGAGUCUCAGGGUUCAGAAUUAGCUCGCCUUAGCAAACAGUCAUCGUAGAGGUCUGAGCGCUUCAGAACUGAAUCGCUUCUUUUUAUGUAAUCCUCAGUUUCACACAGCUCACACAAAAGGGCUUCAUCAGCUUUCCUGACCAGUCCACUACACUGAUGUUUUAAACAAGACCACAGACACACUGAGUGAAGUUGGUUCUUCCUCUUUUUGCUCUAUCUUACUACUUUUUUUCUGCAUAGUAUUAAAACUUAUUAUACAUUGUGUUUUUAUGUCAUUUAUCAUGCGAGAGUCUAUCAGUAAGUAUUGUACCUUAUCCUGCAGAUCUUCCACAACAACAUGACUGUGAGGAGGACGAGGUUGUCUCAGACCUGCAGCCCUGUAACCAGGAGAGGAACUCCAGUCCGGACCAAGAAGACCCAGAGCCUCUACAGAUUAAAGAUGAAAAGGAGGAAUUCUACACCGGUCAGGACAGAGAGCAGCUUGAACCAAAGCAGGAGACUGAGCACUUGAUGUUAACUCUAACCUGUCAGGAAAGUGAGAACACUGAAGCAGAAGUAAGGAAGGACGACCAGUUCCAUUCUCAAAACUCUCAUGAGGCUGCAAACCAAGAUCCAGAGAAAGACAAGCUCACGGAGUCAGAAUCAACCUCAAAAUCAGAACAACACCCCCCAAAAAAAGUUCACAAAAGAAGUCAGAAGACAAAACAGCCGAAGGUUCACUGUGAUCCUCAACAAGGUGAAAAGACUUUUAAAUGUGACACAAAUAGGGAAACAUUUACCAGCAAUUCAAAUAUUCAGACACAUCUUGGUGUUCCCACCGGUAAAAAGAAGCAUGCUUGUGAGAGGUGUGGGAAGAUAUUCAGGUACAGGCAUUUGCUGACAAAUCAUGCAAGAUCACACACAGGUAAGGGACUGUACUCCUGUGAGAAAAACUUCGGUUGGAAACCAGAUUUGAAAAAGCACAUGCGAAUUCACACAGGGAGAAAGCAUGCAAUCUGCAAGACAUGCAACAAAUCUUUUAUCAGUACAAGUAACCUGAGAACGCACAUGAGAACUCACACAGGUGAGAGACCAUACUCCUGUAGCACUUGUGGGAAGAGCUUCGCUGUGAAUUCAAAUUUAAAGACGCACAUGCUUAUUCACUCAGGAGAAAAGCUGUUCACCUGCAAAACAUGCAGUAAAUCUUUUUACAGGAAAGAUAACCUAAGCAGGCACAUGAGAACACACACAGGUGAAAAGCCGUACUCCUGUGGCACCUGUGGUAGAAGCUUCGGUCGCUGUACAAAUUUAAAAACGCACAUGCUAAUUCACUCAAGAGAAAAUCUGAUCACCUGUAAAAUAUGCAACAAAUCUUUUGUCAGUACAAGUACCCUGAGAACGCACAUGAGAACACACACAGGUGAAAAACCAUACUCCUGUGGCACAUGUGGGAAGAGGUUCUGUUGGAAUUCAAUUUUAAAAACGCACAUGCUCAUUCACUCAGGAGAAAAGCUGUUCACCUGCAAAACAUGCAGCAAAUCUUUUAGCAAUAAGGAUAAACUGAGAACGCACAUGAGAACACACACAGGUGAGAGACCAUACUCCUGUGGCACGUGUGGGAAGAGCUUUGGUCGGACUUCAACUUUAAAAACACACAUGCUCAUUCACUCAAGAGAAAAUCUGACCACCUGCAAAACAUGCAACAAAUCUUUUAGCAAUAAGGAUUACCUGAGAAUGCACAUGAGAACACACACAGGUGAGAGACCAUACUCCUGUGGCACGUGUGGGAAGAGCUUUGGUCGGACUUCAACUUUAAAAACACACAUGCUCAUUCACUCAGGAGAAAAGCUCUUCACCUGCAAAACAUGCAGCAAAUCGUUCUUCAGUUCAGAUAAACUGAGAAGCCACAUGAGAACACACACAGGUGAGAAACCGUACACCUGUAGUACCUGUGGGAAAAGCUUCAGUUGGAAUUCAAAUUUAAAAACGCACAUGCUUGUUCAUUCAAGAGGAAAGCUGUUCACUUGAAAAGCAUGCAGAAAAGAGAUGCUUCUUUAACGGAAUCCAACCUAACCCACCUGUAAGAUAUAUUUUACUGUGACUUUUCCUAACUGAAAUACUUGUUCUUUUGAAUGUCCUGUUUCCUUCCUCUGGAUGAACAAUUUUGUUUUUUCUUUUACUUCUGAGCUUCUUUGGUUGGCUGUUUUUUUCCCAGAAUAUUUGGAUCUGUUUAUUUGUUGUAAUAACUUGUUUAUAUUACAAUCUACAACAAAUUUGAUUUAGUUGACUGUAGCUGUAAUGCUGAUAAAGGUCAGUGAUGAGAAUAUGGUGACCAAUAAACUUGGACUGUUAAAACAAAAUUCAUAGUAAUGCAUUUUGUAUCCUGGUUUCAUAGAAGUGAACCAAAAGAGGACAGAGCUUUAAAUCAAAACUGGAUGGUCCUGAUCUUCAGGCCCUCAGACUGCUCUGCAUUAAAAACAGACUGGACUCUGGAGUGGAAUUCACUGCAUGGGUUCAAAAUCCGAUCAUCACGAACUUCAAGGACAGAGGUUCAAUUAUUGUGAAGAAGGCUUCAGGGUGCCUAAGAAAAGCCCAUCAAGAGCCAGGACUGCCUCCUAAAGUUGAUUUAGCUGCAGGAUCGGGGCACCACACGCGCAGAGCUUGCUUAGGAAUGGCAGCAAGCGGGUUUGAGUGCAUCCGCAUGUACAGUGAGGCAAAGACUUUUGGAGGAAUAAGAAGAACUUUAUUAAUCACCAAAGAGAAAUUCAAUUGUCUGUUGUGUCAGAUAAUAUGUCUUAAAAACAUAUCUACUAUUUACACAAGAGUUAUAAAGUCUGAUGGCUGUGGGUACAAAAGAUCUUCUGAAUCUUUCUGUCCUGCAGCGAAGAGAGAGGAGCUGUCCACCACCAUUGGCCUUUGGUCCAUCAAGGUGUUGUGAAGUGGGUGAUCCAUGUUCUUUAGAAUAGACUCCACCUUCCUCAGUGUAGAUCUCUCCACCACAUCCUUCACUGAGUCCAGCUUGAGUCCAACCACAGAGCCAGCCUUUUCCACAAGUUUGUUAAGUCGUCUUGCAUCUUUGUGUUUGAUGCUUCUUCCCCAGCAGACUGCAGCGUAGAAACAGAACACUUGCUGUUAAAUUAUCUGCAGCGUCUUACUACAGAAGUCUUUUGAUCGGAGUCUUUGAUGUCUGGCGUAUACAGUGUGAACAGGAAUUGCGCCAGCACUGUCCCUUAUGGAGCCCCUGUGCUGCUCAUUAAUGUCCCAGAAACACAGUUCCCCAGCCUGACAAACUGUGGCCUUCCUGUGAUCCAGGAAACACAGGAAGGAUCCACUCCUAUCUCUGUGAGCUUGUCUUUGAGUAUGGUUGGUUGGAUGGUGUGAAAUGCACAUGAAAAGUCAAAGAACACGAUCCUCGCAUAAACCCCAGGUUUCUCCAGAAUGACACAGGGCACGGUGAAGCAUGUAGAGGACAGCAUCAUCCACUCCAAUCUUUUCUUUGUAUGCAAACUGCAGGGAAUCCAGUUUGUCUUUGACCUCAGACCUCAGAAGGCCUAGAAUCAGCCACUCCAGGGUUUUCAUGAUGUGUGAAGUGAGGGCCACUGGUCUGUAGUCAUUGAGUUCAGCAGGACAUUUUGUUUUUGGUACUACCACAAUGCAGGAUGUUUUCCACAGAGCAGGUACCCGCCCCAGCUGUAGACUCAGGUUGAAGAUCUUGUGGAGAGGUUGACACAGUUCUGUAGCACCGUCUCUAAGCAGCCUUGGACACACGCCAUCUAGACCAGCUGCCUUCCCAGGACAAAGUCUUCCAAACUCCAUCCUCAUCCCUGUUGCCUGGAGUCAAGCAGAGCAGCAAAGAAGCCACUUCUCUACAGAAAUUAAAAAUAAUAAUAAUAACAGAGACAGAAUGGAAUUCUUCAAAAGUACAGGGAUUGGAUUGCUGAAGACUGGGGUAAAGUCACUUUCUCUGAUGAAUCCCCUUUCCAAUCGUUUGGGGCAUCUGCAAAAAAGCUUGUCUGGAGAAGAAAAGGUGAGCACUACCAUCAGUCCUGUGUCAUGAAAGCAGUCUUGCAUCCUGAGACUAUCCAUGUGUGGGGUUGCUUCUCAGUCAAGGCAGUGGGCUCAUUCACAAUUUUGCCCAAGAACACAGCCAUGAACAAAGAAUGGUACCAAAACAUCCUUAGAGAGCAACUUCUCCUGACCAUUCAAGAUCAGUUUGGUGACGAACACUGCCUUUUCCAGUAUGAUGGAGAACCGUGCUAUGAGGCAAAAAUCAUAACUAAGUGGCUAAAGGAAAAAAAGAAAAAAACUAAAAAUUUUGGGUCUAUGGCCAGGAACCUCCCCAGACCUUAAUCCCAUAGAGAACUUGUGGUCAAUCCUCAAGACGUAGGUGGACAAACCAAAACUAAAAAAUUGACAUUUAUGAAAUGCUUGUAAUUAUACUUCAGUAAAACAUAGAAACAUCUGACAAAAAGAUCUAAAAACACUGAAGCAGCAGAAUUUUUGAAAAUUAAUAUUUGUAUCAUUCUCAAAACUUUUGGCCACGGCUGUAUUAGUAUCAUGGAGGAAAUGUAGAAAUCAAGAGCAGGGAAUAAUUUAUAGAUCACAAUGGAGUUUGAACAACUCAUUAAAAGAUAAAACUUUUGUCUUAUUCAUCACAAAAAAAAUUCAAAGAAUUCAUUAGAAUAGAUAUGAACCCACUAACUUCUAUUUCAGCAGUUUGGGAGGCAUUUAAAGCAACCUGUAUGAGCUGGACUGUCAGUUAUGCAUCCAAUAAAUUUUUUGCAAAAAUGUUAACAAAAUGGCUGGAUGAAACUGCUCCAAAUUUAAUUCAUGUGGACCAGUGGCGGCUGCUGGCCUUUAAGGAGGGGAAGCUCAUUUUUCUGGCCUACAUCAUAAUUGUGUUUGUUUAUUUGUAUGUAACAGAACAGAGUCACCAAACACAACGGCAGUCGUUUUUAACAAAGACAAAAGUCGCUGAGGAUCGGCAAAGUCUCCGGAGCAGUUAAGAACAAUGGAAUGAAUAACUUGGAAAAUGCUCUGGUAGAUGUUUUAUUCUUCAAGAUCGCUGAUUCGCUUAUUUAGCUGUCAAUCAAAAAAGGAUUUCGCCUCAGACAGCACAUCCAAUCAUGGAUGCAGAAGCUCAGCGUCUGCGAGAAAGUUGGGACCGCCCUCUCGUCAUAGAACUCCAGAGACACUGAGCGUACGAUGGGCGGGACAAAGCACAGCAUUUGUCCAAUGAGCGUCUAGUUUCACUGCUGGAACAACCCACCUUGGGCUUCCACAUUGAAGUCAGCAGAUGCUGAGCGUCCGGCUGUGUGAAGCGCUGAGGCGCUGCGAGGAUGAAUGAGAAUGAAGUUGUGCCGGAUACCUGUGAUUAUCAGCUUCUUAUCACAGUGUGAUAAGAAUACAAAGCUCCUUCCAAUGAUGGCGUUCUACUUGAGAAGACUGUCCUCAAUCCCCUUUACUCUUUAUUUCAGCCUUAGAACUGUUGGCAUGUGCUAUCUGACAAGACAAAGAAAAUACAGACAUGGCUUUACUUUUCAUCCAAUUUACUUUGUUAACUAAAAGGCUGCUAAAUGACUAAAUAAUUUCUGAAAGUCUUAGUACAGAGUUUGAGGGUUUGGCGAAAGUCAAUAGAAUGUCAUCCAGAUACAUAUUCCAUUUGAAAUCAUACCCCCUCCAAAAAAAAAAAAAUCCAGGCAAAAUAAAAAUUCUUAUUUACUAUUGUGAAUUCUUAUUAACUUAAAUGUCAAACAUCUAUUAAAUACCACAAAGGGAUACCUUAAAAGAUGAACUGCUCUGCCUCUGUCCUUACAGGGUAGGGAAUGACAAGAUGCUUAGAGUAUUUGGGAGAAAUUAACCCUCCCAAGAGACUUUGAAGUUUAUAUAAGUUGCUGUGUCAUGCCUCCCCAAACCAGAACUCAAAGACAGAGUCACAAUAGGAACUUGAUUCAGGGGUCGAAUAUACUACUGAAGAGUGUGGAAAACAUUAAGCAUGACAUAAAAACAGCCUCAAAAUCUUUCUGAAAUAGAGUAAUACAGCUGAAAAUUCUUCAUAGAGCAUUAUAGGGAUAAAACCUGAUCUAUGCAUGUGUAGGGCAAUUUGGACCAUUUGAAUGAAUGGAAUAUUUUCUUAAGUAUGAGCAUGCACUGAUCUCUCCUACUUGUGGUGUUGUUGUUAAUAUAUAACUGCUGUCUGAUUGUGUUUAUUGUUGUAAUACAAAAUUAUAUAUAUAUAUAUAUAUAUAAAAAAAAAAAAAAGAAACCGUGGAGGGCCCUGCAGUCUACGAUACAGACUGAAAGGAGACAACGAGGAGGGCGGAACAUUUGGUUGCCGUAGCUCCGCUUACAGAACUUUAUUGGUGUGACACAUGCAGGAAGUAAACGAACAGCGUCGGGUUGUUUUUGAAGAAGCUGAGAUAUCUGAGGACAAUCCAGUUUUCACAGCGCAACCUUCUUUUAAAUCUGCAACGAACCAACGAUGUCUGUAGCUGAAUCUCUCCGAGAGUUUGUGACCGAGCGGCUCGCUGCUGCUACUGAAGACAUUUUGGGAGUUUUUAACAGAACUGUGGUCCAGUACGAGGAAGAGCUGGACCGUCAACGCAGACUGCUGGAUUUGGUCUGGAAACCCCACAUUCACUUACACAGAAUCGGUAAGAAAAGCCAAGUUUAGACUGAAUAAAGAAGCAGAAGCUCGGUUUGAAGCUCUAUUUAUUGAUUGUAAUGAGUCAAGAAUGAACAACAGAGUCUCAGGGCUCAGAAUUAGCUCGCUGUAGCAAACAGGCAUCUUAGAGGUCUGAGCGCUUCAGAACCUCGACUAAGGUUCCCUUGAACCCUUUAUACACGCCUAUCUGGAUGGUUUAAACAAGAUCACAGACACACUGAGUGAAGUUGGUUCUUUCUCUUUUUACUCUCUCUAACUACUCUUUUCUGCAUAGUAUUAAAACUUAUUUUACAUUGUGUUUUUAUGUCAUUUAUCAUGCUACAGUCUAUCAGUAAGUAUUGUACCUCGUCCUGCAGAUCUUCCACAACAACAUGACUGUGAGGACAAGGUUGUCUCAGACCUGGAGCCCUGGAACCAGGAGAGGAACUCCAGUCCAGACCAAGAGGACCCAGAGCCUCUACAGAUUAAAGAUGAAAAGGAGGAAUUCUGCACCAGUCAGGACAGAGAGCAGCUUGAACCAAAGCAGGAGACUGAACACUUGAUGUUAACUCUAACCUGUCAGGAAGGUGAGAACACUGAAGCAGAAGUAAGGAAGGAUGACCAGUUGCUUUCUCACAACUCUCGUGAGGCUGCAAACCAAGAUCCAGAGAAAGACAAGCUCACAGAGUCAGAAUCAACUUCAAAAUCAGAACAACACCCCCCCAAAAAAGAGUUCACAAAUGAAGGAGUCCCUCUUAGGAUCAGAGUACUAUUUAUUAAUGUAAUAAUACUAUCACAGUGACUCAUGGCAAACAACAGUUGCUCUUUUACUUAUUUUUCACCCCUGCCCCUCAAACUCUGAGUAUACCACUUGUGGUAUCUGUAAAAAUGUAUGUCCUCUGCCUGCUGACUUUAAUUUUGUGAUCUCAGACAAAAGUAGAUGCCCAGUGCACAGCACCAUCAGUCCUUUUCACUUUGUGCAGAGGAAGACAGGUUAAGCAGAUUCACCUCACAAACGAGGACUGAAUCGCUCCUUCUUAGUUUCACACAGCUCACACAAAAGGCAGGGUUUUUCCUGCGUUCAAAAUUGCGUGGCGGCCGCCUCCACCUAAUUUUGUGCCGCCCCCAGCCAGAGCGAUUGAUUUCGCUCAACACAGCGUAAAGCUCCAGCUGUGUUGAUUGAGCGUAUGAUGUCCCUCUGCAGCGGCAACGUAUUUUAACUGCAGUUGCAGCGUUGCACCACUAUAGAGGCGCUAUAUCAACAGCAGUGCACCGGAAAGACCUGAAGCAUCUACCGAAGAAGGAACGGAUCGAAUCAUGUUUUUUUCCCGCUAGUUGGUGCUAUCGGCGUCCUGAUUUUCCCUGGCGGCUGGACACAAACAGGUAAAUACUGCUUGUCUUUUUUGCAUCCGAGCAUGACGUGUUUAUUUAAAAAAAAAGUUUACUCCGUUUUUAGCGUUGCAGUUAUGACAGGCAAAAUCAGCCAGUACUUUAAAAAGCGACCUCGCGAGGAGGAAAGUCAAGAGUCCAGGUGAAACACAGCAGAGAGAAAAAAGGAACAGGCAGUUAAAAUGCUAUAAUUCAUGUUGGUGACAACGUGGAAAUUUGUGUCAGGUCUGAAAGUACUUCACAAGGGACUGGUGAUCGCGAGGGUCAGAAUGCAGGACAGGACGAGUCGGCGAGGCGAGGGUAAUUAAUUAAUUAGUUUCCAAUUAGGAGCAUAACAACGCAAAACCAACGUGUACGUGGUUUUUUAUUCCUCUUUCCAGAUCUUCUCAAAAACACAGAGCCAGUGGCUUUGACAAACAGUGGCUCAAUCAAUGUACCUGGUUCAGGCAUACUGAGGAAUGCAUGCACUGCUAUUUAUGCCAAAAGCACUGUGCCCCAACACAGCAGGUAAUUGCUGCCUCCUUAGUGAGACAGCCAUCAACCAACUACAGGCUGGACACAUUAGAAAGACAUGAGGUGACAGUCGUUCACAAAGCAGCAGAAGAGAAGGAGAAAUAUAUUAAAGAUGGUCGUACCUAAAAACACUCAACUAAUAAAGUUACAAAAACUAAAAUAACAUAGUUUAGAUAGUUUAAGAAAUAAUUGGUUGUCGUUUUUUAGGGAGGACACUGCAACGUAUACAUAUAUAUAAUAUAUGAUUGAAAACACUAUCACUCUUCAUGUCUGUAUCAGAAUAAAAACAAAAAUACUUAAUGCAUGAUGAAUUGUUUUGUUUAAGGUGAAGACACCUCUGUGGAACAGACUGAAGGAGAGGCACUUGGAUGUCUGUUGUAAGGUGGCCGUUGAUGGACCAGACCAGGAGGCCUUGGACUACAAGGAGUGCAUGAGGAGGUUCUACAGAAUGAAAAAGAGGAGGCUGAAAUGUACUGUCUGGUUGUGAGAUGUGUGGAUGAAGUGUACUUUCAAUUUAAAGUUGCCAGCUGAUUUGUGUAUGUAUAUAGUUUUAAUAAAUGAAUGCUUUAACAUGAUAAUGGUCACACUCUUUUUUGAACUCUUAACUUAAAGUAUGUUGCCUGUAAAAGAAAGUGAGUCAGUUGAAUUUACAAAUACAUGCACGUCAUGGUGCAUGGUCAGGAUGGUGCCACCUCUGCCUCAAUUUGAGCCAGGAAAAACCCUGCAAAAGGGCUUCAUCAGGUUUUCCUGACCAGUCCACUACACUGAUGGUUUAAAGAAGAUCACAGACACACUGAGUGAAGUUGGUUCUUUCUCUUUUUACUCUUUCUAACUACUCUUUUCUGCAUAGUAUUAAAACUUAUUUUAUAUUGUGUUUUUAUGUCAUUUAUCAUGCUAGAGUCUAUCAGUAAAUAUUGUACCUCAUCCUGCAGAUCUUCCACAACAACAUGACUGUGAGGAGGACGAGGUUGUCUCAGACCUGGAGCCCUGGAACCAGGAGAGGAACUCCAGUCCGGACCAAGAGGACCCAGAGCCUCAACAGAUCAAAGAUGAAGAGGAGGAAUUCUGCACCAGUCAGGACAGAGAGCAGCUUGAACCAAAACAGGAGACUGAACACUUGAUGUUAACUCUAACCUGUCAGGAAGGUGAGAACACUGAAGCAGAAGUAAGGAAGGAUGACCAGUUGCUUUCUCACAACUCUCGUGAGGCUGCAAACCAAGAUCCAGAGAAAGACAAGCUCACAGAGUCAGAAUCAACUUCAAAAUCAGAACAACACCCCCCCAAAAAAGAGUUCACAAAUGAAGGAGUCCCUCUUAGGAUCAGAGUACUAUUUAUUAAUGUAAUAAUACUAUCACAGUGACUCAUGGCAAACAACAGUUGCUCUUUUACUUAUUUUUCACCCCUGCCCCUCAAACUCUGAGUAUACCACUUGUGGUAUCUGUAAAAAUGUAUGUCCUCUGCCUGCUGACUUUAAUUUUGUGAUCUCAGACAAAAGUAGAUGCCCAGUGCACAGCACCAUCAGUCCUUUUCACUUUGUGCAGAGGAAGACAGGUUAAGCAGAUUCACCUCACAAACGAGGACUGAAUCGCUCCUUCUUAGUUUCACACAGCUCACACAAAAGGCAGGGUUUUUCCUGCGUUCAAAAUUGCGUGGCGGCCGCCUCCACCUAAUUUUGUGCCGCCCCCAGCCAGAGCGAUUGAUUUCGCUCAACACAGCGUAAAGCUCCAGCUGUGUUGAUUGAGCGUAUGAUGUCCCUCUGCAGCGGCAACGUAUUUUAACUGCAGUUGCAGCGUUGCACCACUAUAGAGGCGCUAUAUCAACAGCAGUGCACCGGAAAGACCUGAAGCAUCUACCGAAGAAGGAACGGAUCGAAUCAUGUUUUUUUCCCGCUAGUUGGUGCUAUCGGCGUCCUGAUUUUCCCUGGCGGCUGGACACAAACAGGUAAAUACUGCUUGUCUUUUUUGCAUCCAAGCAUGACGUGUUUAUUUAAAAAAAAGUUUACUCCGUUUUUAGCGUUGCAGUUAUGACAGGCAAAAUCAGCCAGUACUUUAAAAAGCGACCUCGCGAGGAGGAAAGUCAAGAGUCCAGGUGAAACACAGCAGAGAGAAAAAAGGAACAGGCAGUUAAAAUGCUAUAAUUCAUGUUGGUGACAACGUGGAAAUUUGUGUCAGGUCUGAAAGUACUUCACAAGGGACUGGUGAUCGCGAGGGUCAGAAUGCAGGACAGGACGAGUCGGCGAGGCGAGGGUAAUUAAUUAAUUAGUUUCCAAUUAGGAGCAUAACAACGCAAAACCAACGUGUACGUGGUUUUUUUAUUCCUCUUUCCAGAUCUUCUCAAAAACACAGAGCCAGUGGCUUUGACAAACAGUGGCUCAAUCAAUGUACCUGGUUCAGGCAUACUGAGGAAUGCAUGCACUGCUAUUUAUGCCAAAAGCACUGUGCCCCAACACAGCAGGUAAUUGCUGCCUCCUUAGUGAGACAGCCAUCAACCAACUACAGGCUGGACACAUUAGAAAGACAUGAGGUGACAGUCGUUCACAAAGCAGCAGAAGAGAAGGAGAAAUAUAUUAAAGAUGGUCGUACCUAAAAACACUCAACUAAUAAAGUUACAAAAACUAAAAUAACAUAGUUUAGAUAGUUUAAGAAAUAAUUGGUUGUCGUUUUUUAGGGAGGACACUGCAACGUAUACAUAUAUAUAAUAUAUGAUUGAAAACACUAUCACUCUUCAUGUCUGUAUCAGAAUAAAAACAAAAAUACUUAAUGCAUGAUGAAUUGUUUUGUUUAAGGUGAAGACACCUCUGUGGAACAGACUGAAGGAGAGGCACUUGGAUGUCUGUUGUAAGGUGGCCGUUGAUGGACCAGACCAGGAGGCCUUGGACUACAAGGAGUGCAUGAGGAGGUUCUACAGAAUGAAAAAGAGGAGGCUGAAAUGUACUGUCUGGUUGUGAGAUGUGUGGAUGAAGUGUACUUUCAAUUUAAAGUUGCCAGCUGAUUUGUGUAUGUAUAUAGUUUUAAUAAAUGAAUGCUUUAACAUGAUAAUGGUCACACUCUUUUUUGAACUCUUAACUUAAAGUAUGUUGCCUGUAAAAGAAAGUGAGUCAGUUGAAUUUACAAAUACAUGCACGUCAUGGUGCAUGGUCAGGAUGGUGCCACCUCUGCCUCAAUUUGAGCCAGGAAAAACCCUGCAAAAGGGCUUCAUCAGGUUUUCCUGACCAGUCCACUACACUGAUGGUUUAAAGAAGAUCACAGACACACUGAGUGAAGUUGGUUCUUUCUCUUUUUACUCUUUCUAACUACUCUUUUCUGCAUAGUAUUAAAACUUAUUUUAUAUUGUGUUUUUAUGUCAUUUAUCAUGCUAGAGUCUAUCAGUAAAUAUUGUACCUCAUCCUGCAGAUCUUCCACAACAACAUGACUGUGAGGAGGACGAGGUUGUCUCAGACCUGGAGCCCUGGAACCAGGAGAGGAACUCCAGUCCGGACCAAGAGGACCCAGAGCCUCAACAGAUCAAAGAUGAAGAGGAGGAAUUCUGCACCAGUCAGGACAGAGAGCAGCUUGAACCAAAACAGGAGACUGAACACUUGAUGUUAACUCAAACCUGUCAGGAAGGUGAGAACACUGAAGCAGAAGUAAGGAAGGAUGACCAGUUCCUUUCUCACAACUCUCAAGAGGCUGCAAACCAAGGUCCAGAGAAAGACAAGCGCACAGAGUCAGAAUCAACUUCAAAAUCAGAACAACACCCCCCCAAAAAAGUUCCCAAAAGAAGUCAGAAGACGAAACAGCCUGAGGUUCACUCUGAUCCUCAACAAGGUGAAAAGACUUUUAAGUGUGACACAAAUAGGAAAACAUUUACCAGCAAUUCAAAUACACAGACACAUGUAAGUGUUUUCACUGGUAAGAAGAAGCAUAUUUGUGAGUGGUGUGGGAAGAUAUUCAGAUACAGGCAUUUGCUGACAAAUCAUGCAAGAUCACACGCAGGUAAGGGACUGUACUCCUGUGAGAAAAGCUUCGGUUGGAAACCAGAUUUGAAAAAGCACAUGCAAAUUCACACAGGGAGAAAGCAUGCAAUCUGCAAAACAUGCAACAAAUCUUUUAUCAGUACAAGUAAACUGAGAACGCACAUGAGAACACACACAGGUGAGAGACCAUACUCCUGUAGCACUUGUGGGAAGAGCUUCGCUGUGAAUUCACAUUUAAAGACGCACAUGCUUAUUCACUCAGGAGAAAAGCUGUUCACCUGCAAAACAUGCAGUAAAUCUUUUUACAGGAAAGAUAACCUAAGCAGGCACAUGAGAACACACACAGGUGAAAAGCCGUACUCCUGUGGCACCUGUGGUAGAACCUUCGGUCGCCGUACAAAUUUAAAAACACACAUGCUAAUUCACUCAAGAGAAAAUCUGAUCACCUGUAAAACAUGCAACAAAUCUUUUGUCAGUACAAGUACCCUGAGAACGCACAUGAGAACACACACAGGUGAAAAACCAUACUCCUGUAGCACAUGUGGGAAGAGGUUCUGUUGGAAUUCAAAUUUAAAAACGCACAUGCUUAUUCACUCAGGAGAAAAGCUGUUCACCUGCAAAACAUGCAGCAAAUCUUUUAGCAAUAAGGAUAAACUGAGAACGCACAUGAGAACACACACAGGUGAGAGACCAUACUCCUGUGGCACGUGUGGGAAGAGCUUUGGUCGGACUUCAACUUUAAAAACACACAUGCUCAUUCACUCAAGAGAAAAUCUGACCACCUGCAAAACAUGCAACAAAUCUUUUAUUAAUAAGGAUUACCUGAGAAUGCACAUGAGAACACACACAGGUGAGAGACCAUACUCCUGUGGCACGUGUGGGAAGAGCUUUGGUCGGACUUCAACUUUAAAAAUACACAUGCUCAUUCACUCAGGAGAAAAGCUCUUCACCUGCAAAACAUGCAGCAAAUCGUUCUACAGUUCAGAUAAACUGAGAUUGCACAUGAGAACACACACAGGUGAGAAACCAUACUCCUGUAGUACCUGUGGGAAAAGCUUCAGUGGGAAUUCAAAUUUAAAAGCGCACAUGCUUGUUCAUUUAACAGGAAAGCUGUUCACUUGAAAAGCAUGCAGAAAAGAGAUGCUUCUUUAACGGAAUCCAACCUAACCCACCUGUAAGAUAUAUUUUACUGUGACUUUUCCUAACUGAAAUACUUGUUCUUUUGAAUGUCCUGUUUCCUUCCUCUGGAUGAACAAUUUUGUUUUUUCUUUUACUUCUGAGCUUCUUUGGUUGGCUGUUUUUUUCCCAGAAUAUUUGUAUCUGUUUAUUUGUUGUAAUAACUUGUUUAUAUUACAAUCUACAACAAAUUUGAUUUAGUUGACUGUAGCUGUAAUGCUGAUAAAUGUCAGUGAUGAGAAUAUGGUGACCAAUAAACUUGGACUGUUAAAACAAAA